CCUGUCAUUUCUUCAGCGCCAGUAAGAAAUGGAGAGUUGCAGAAACAACAAAGAGUUUCUAUCAGCAGAAUGUAAGUACAAAUGUUUGUUUGUCUGUCUGUGUGUGGGUGAAAGUGUGAUGACUGUCUUCUCUAUAAAGAAGUAUACAAGUCCUGCUAACAACACUUCAGAGGUAGCUGAUCCAACACGCUGCUUCUGUGUGGUCUACAUGUUUUAGAGAGACAGUACCGAACAGACCUUUCUUUAGACCUGUAUGAAACAAUGAGGAAAAGAGGGAUCAUGUGGUUGACGUCAGCACUGACUGUGUCUGUUUAUGAUGCUUAAAUGAAGAAGGAAACCAUCAAACCAAGAAGUUUUGUUUUUGUACAUGACGUGUUUCCCCUAAAUAUGAUCAUAUUUAAGAGAUUAGUUUUUUGUUUUUGACUAUUAGUUUUUCUAUUUGACUCAGAAUCUGAUAACUAUGUUUCUUGAUGAUUAAACUACUAUUCUAAGUCAGAAGUUUUCCGUAAUUUUCGCACUUAAGCAUCUCUUUCUUAUCUCAUUUACUCUCCAUGACUUUACUGCUGCAUGUUAGCUCUUUAUUUUUGUGUUCCUGCAUGCUUUUUCUCUCUCAUGAUAUACAAUUCACACCUUGUAUCAAGUUGUAUUGUAUUAGAGCACAUGAUACAACACAUCAUAUAUGCCACAUAAUGACUGAGUGACUAUAACAAGGGUCACAUUAUUGUUAAGUGCCGUAUCAUCACUUAAAGUUCUUACAAUCCGGAUAUAUUUAUUCAACACACAUCAAAUAUUGGAAUAAAUAUCUUAAAACCCUGACAGACUGGGCCAUAAUAGUUUCAACACCUUUUUAAUCCAUGAGUUUUCAACUAAUUUUGAACUGGUCUAACUUUUAUACUUAUGUCUCUUCUUGACCUACAAUAAAAUAAUAUUAUCGAUGUGGUGGCUGAAUCACUCUAUGAUAAUGAUAAACAGCAGGAUGGAGAUGUAUAACCCUCUCAAGAGCACUUUAAUGUACCCACAUGAAUCUGUAUUACAACAACAGCACUUCUGUCUUACUCAAUCACAUGUCCCAGAAAUAACCAAUCAGAGGCUAGGAUGACUAAGCUUACGGUAAACUGAUGAAAACCACUGAAUUACAUUCAGUACGUUUAGGUCAAAACUACAAGACGCUGUAAGAAACAUUUCAACAUUGCAAGUUUACGUUUGUGGCUUUUGUGAACUGACAUGUAAACAGUUCCCUUUAUAACAUAUUAUAACUCUACCUCAAAUACAUGAGUAAAUUUGAAUACAUGAACUGGCUUCAGUGUAAAAGCUCAUAUUUAGAUUUCCAACGAUAAUGUUUGUCAGUGAGGAGUAACUUUGCAAACAGAAGGAGUUCUCUAUUUUAGAUCAUUUUCCCUUUAUAAUAUCAUUUAUUUACUCGUGAAACAGGAUCACGUAAUGAGGUUCAUUAACUGUUGCGGUAUUGUUUUAGACAGAGGAUUUAAUUUGGUCGUGUGAAUGGUUCACUACACUUUGUGGACAACCUUUGGUCUUGAGAAACAAAGCUGAUGCAGACGUGCUAAAAACAGCUGUUCAUUGAGUGUUUACUGGAGGCUGGCUGAGAAAGCCAUUUAAUAAAGUGGAAAUAAUAACGUUUACUCCUUUGUUUUAGUUUGACUUUUCAAUUUCUAUAUUUGCACAUGCUCAACGAGGGGUCAAUUUUUAAAAUCCUCAUUAGUUUUGGAGAUAUAAUGGUAAAAACUUUUAUAAAACUAGGGGCAUAACAGACUUGACCAAAAGGUAGACACACUUAAGCUCUUGAGGAGAAGGUCAAAGGCACUUCCUGACCCCAUCCCUUUGAUUUUUGAAAGGUUGCACUGAAGUUCAGUUGAGUCAACAUUUCUCGGCAACAGGCUUCAAAAUUGUUCUCCUGAAACCAGUGAGUAAUGUGGGGGACUGCAAAGUUCAUGGUCAAAACAUGAUUAUAAUUAUGUUAUUCAUACAUUCAUUUAGCCAUUGGUUCACACGUCAUGAAGGACGGGCAACAGUAAACCAGUACAUCUGCUUCCUGUUGUUUUCUAACUUUGGGUAAUGAAACAUAUUUACAGUUUUGUUGUUAUUUCUGAGUGAAUAUUUUUUAGAUGCCUUAAAUAAAUAAGGUACCUCUUUACUAAAAAAAAUUAAUAUCAAUAAAGAAGAUCUGGGAUUCAUUCAUUUGCUCCUGUAACAAAUGCAGACUUCAGCAAGAGCCACAUCUAUACAGCAGAGAGUGAUCGUGCUUUUAGGAAAUACACUCCCAUCAUGAAAAACUCAACUACUUCAGCCGAGGGAGCGCCAGAAUUAACUCAACAUGAAAGCUCCUCACAGCACCUUCAGGAGAAUACUACCAAGCAAAAAUAAAUGAAGGCUUGAUGAUUGAAAAAUAAAGCACAAGUGUAAUAAAGCCUCUCAUUUUGAUGCCUUAAUAUAGACUUGAAGAAAUGGGUCUUGAUGGAUACUUGACUGAUCGUAUAAUAACACAGUACAGAGAGGCGAGAUAAUUAUAAUUGCAGAGGAAAGUACAUCUCGAUUUAUCUCCAACUAUUUCACUCUUUUUAUAAAUAAACACAUUUUUUUUUCCUCUCUGCUGUUUGACCUGAUCUCUGUUGGAUGUUUAGUGUUGCUCAGAUUUUAUGGUUGGGUUCCCAAGAGGCACUUAUCAUGACAGGCGUCUGAUGGAAAAACACACACACACACACACACAGUAUGUGACACACAUGCACACUUAUACUCAAACACACAAACACUGGGAUGAGCAUGCUGGCAGGUGGAGUCUUAUCUCCUCUCCACAGCGGCUUGCCUCUCUCAGGGCUCAGUCAGCAGCUUACAACAAGAUGGAGACAGCCAAGUCUAAACAACAACAACAAAAAAAACCUUUCUAUCCUUUUUUGUCCAGUCAAACCUCCUCAACGUUCAGGUUUUUCCAAAUGUUUUUUUAUUGCCAAAAUUUAUUAUGUACUCAAUACCGCCUGUGAUUGUUGUGUUGCUGUAAUAUAUUUACAGAGGCCUGGUGUUUUGAAUUAAGAGUGUGUAUUUUACUCUAAAGUAAGGCUUGGAUGUGCAGCUGGCAGAACAUCAAGCAUUACUUUCUUGGUUGUUUAAAGCCAGACUUCAUGGGGCGAAAUUGAUAGAGAAGCAGAGCGGGGUUGGGAAAUAUCAAGUUAGUGAGGCUAAACAGUCUACACCUAAGGCUGAGUUAUUGGCAUUAACCUCUGAGUUGAUGGAAAUUAGCUCUUUGGUUUGAGAACUACUGUUUCAGAGCUGUUUUUGUUCAUCCAAUAUAAUGUAUGUCUAUGUAUGAAGGCCUCACUGGAUGACAGGAUUGAUUGUGACCAGCACCCUUUGUUGCCAGCUAUCCUCUGUCUUCACCUGCCUCUGUCUUUAAAUAUCUUUAUGAGAAGAGCCAAAAGGUUUCAGCUUUAGAUAAUCACCAAAAGUGACACCCACUCCUCCUUAUCAAAGAGCUGCUGCAGGAAAAAAAGGAGAAAUAUUGAUAAAGAAAAUACAUCUCCUCUUCCCUCUUCCUUACGGACACCCAAUAUCACAUUUUCUUGUUUUCACUUUAUCUUCAAUACUGCAAAUACAGCUUUAGCAAGUCCUUGCACCAUCCUCAUUUAUAUUUUAGGAGGCUGAAAAUUAUACCCAGCUGCAGAAAAGCUUGUAAAGACAGCAAUUAGAGUAUAAGGACACAUAGUUGUUGCUAUGGAAACGUUACAUCUCCCUGCCUGCCUUCAGGCUCAGGAAAAUUGUGACAGGGAUUUCUUCCACUAUUUUGACAUCUCAUAUACUAAAUGAUUGAUGACUAAAUGAUUAAUAAAGAAAAAUAAGGAAAUUAUCUCAGCAAACCACAGUAUGUUCAGUUCUUCGUGAUAUAAAUGACACAAAGACCUUGGAUUAACUGUGAGAAGUAUCAAAAUCAGAACUUUCCUUUUCUCUGUGUUUCCCCUCAGCCUUACAAAAAUGGUACAAGCUUAGGUUUACAAAAACAUCAGUAGAAAGGGAAAUGCUGAUCAAAACAUUUUUUAUUGGCUGCAGUGACAGAGUGAAAUUGAGUUUUCCAGGGAAUAUGCUGCGAACCCUUACCCGGAUCUUCAAGCCCUCUUAAAAUGCGGUUAUAAAACCACAGGCAUGGACUCACUCCCUUUUACUGAUGUGGAUGUGAUUAGUGAACUGCUGUGAUUCUGCUGUGUUCACUGACCGGCCAGCAUAAACAGAAAACCUCUGUUUGGUUCUGCACAGCAUGAGCCAAACUUUCAACUCCACAGUUUGCCAAAACUCUAAUGAAUCAGAUCUGAGGCUGAUUGGGUAAAGCUCAAGCAGAUGGAUGUGAAAAAUCAAAUCUGACAGCAGACUGAAAAUGUCUGCAGAGAGAGGCCAGGUGCUGCUGUUCCAUCUUAAAAGCCAAAGGUUGAGGAUGUUAGUUAGUUUGACAAGGAUAUCUGACGGUCCAUUCAAAGAAAAUAAAAAAGUGAAUACAUGCAGCAGCCACACCAAACUACAACCCAAAAACCAUCGGCCAGAUUUUGCUCAGAAGCAGAAGCUUGACUUUUUUGAACCUCUUACAGAGAGUGAGAUGAGAGGGUUGAUACAACUUAUAGGUCUGUUUGCCAAGAUGAAGCUGAAGUCUGGAAAAAAUUAGUUUUGCAACAAAGACUCCAAAAACACAGUCUCCAAUAAGGAGACUUGAACAUAAUCCCAAUAAGUACUUUUAAAAGUUCAUAUUUUGCACAAAUAAAAUUAGAGAAGAUGCAGACAGUAGUGUGUCUACAAAGGUGGCAUGGCCUCUUGAAAGUUGAUUUGCCACCUUUGCUGUGUCGUGCAUGAAUGUGCGAAAAUUAAUCUUGCCCAAAAAAUUGUAAAUUAUCAUCAAUCAUUUCUGUAGUUCAGCUAUUGAUUUUAUUUAUUCAAGAGCUAAAUACCAUGACCUGUGUUACUUUAACUAGCUUGAUCCAUAAUCCCUUACUCACAAAUUUACAGACUUGUUCUCAGAGUCAGUGGGUGUGUGCUGACACACUUGUGAAAUCAUCGAGGACAUGAAACUCCUGAUGUAGAGAUGAAAACAUCUUAUAGUCUGCUUUCAAGUUUUGACUGUAAUUGUGCACAAGAAAAUGUUCAAACCUGCAGAAUUUUACCACCUAAUUUAGACUCCCUGGAUAGGGUUAGAAAUGAAAAUUACUCCAUGACCUUCAACACCACACCUUCUUCAUGAUUUACUUAGCAUAUUUAGCUCUUUUGCAUGAAUAAUGGCAGGAUUAUCAGAGCUGUCAUUAUGUUUCUUUUAUGGGCUUUAAUGAACUCAGCAGCCUUUAGAGAUCACUGAAGAAAGCAAAGACACUUCUCUGUUCAGCUGAUGUCCAUCUUUUAGUUUCUGCACCUUCAGAUCAUUUUUAUCACAAUGAUCUAACACAAUAUAUUACAGGAUGUACUCUGUUCUGUUGUGCAGUUGGUAGCAUUUGUCUGAUAGCCAAUUGUACACAUUUAUACUAUGUAAUGUUGCAGUCAGAGGCUUUUAAGCUUCAAACAACUCUAAGAAGUAGAAAUUCUGACCAGGUGAGUGUUUGUUUGUUUGCAUUUGUGUGUCUGACAUUUUCCUGCACCACUACAGACUAUAAAAACAAUCUUAUGUAGGGAGUUUAAGGACUGAGUGUAACGGCAUGAUGAGAUUAGGGAUUACAGUACAAGAGAAAACACUUGACAACAGGCUGAUCCAGGCACGUUAUGAUUAUAUUUCAGGCAUUAGAUGUUGUACAGUGGAUCCUUGUCAUCAUGUCUCAGCUUAAUCCCUGGAUCUGCUUAAAAUGAACACAUGAUGAUCACAGAUAGGCUGAGGCAUCAAUAGCUACAGUGAUUUAAAAUGACUUUCUAUCCUUUACACCCUGUUUCUGUAUUUAUAUUGAGGUGUUGACAGAGAAUAGAGGUCAUAAAAAGGCUUUUUUCUGCUCAUUUUUUGUAGUGGAGUGACUGGUGACAUGAACCGACAUCUUUUGCAUGACAUAGUUCUUAUUACCCAUAUUUAUAAAGUGUUUUAUUUGGACAUGAGUGGAUGUUGAGUAGUUUCUAGACCUUUUAUUUAGUAUCAGACUGUAUUAAAAUAACUUUAUUUUAAUUAAGUGGCAUGAUGUCUCCUUUAGAUGAUGUCUUUGAAUGAUUCAACAGAUCUGACUGGAGACUUUUUAUGACUGUCCCUGGCAAGUCAAGUUAGGCCUACGUUAAGUGCAUAAUAGCAAAUGUUAACUUGGCAUCAGGGGUGGAAGUAAAAGCCGAGAAGACAUAAACAGCAGUUUACAGCCGGUAUGCAGCGGUACGCAAACUUUCACCAGUGUAUGUCAGCUACAUUUGCUUACCGUGUUGCCGCACGUCAGUCUGCACUCUGCACGGAAACCGUAGUAAUCCGAUACGACCAUGCUGCUUGCGAGUGAGUCGUAUUUGCUUCCGCAAACAAACAAACUGCGGAAGUGUGAACGCUCAGUGCGCACUUUUGAUUGGGCGCUGGUUGCCUAGGCGCUGGGGAUCACCUCGCGCCUUUUGCGGAAGGAGGGAACUCCUAAAGAGACAGCUGCUUCAAUCUAAAUGCAGAAAUAAAACAAAAUGCAGAGAAAAUUUGAUUUUAUGUUUAAGAGAGAGAGAGAUACAGCAGAUGAAAAUACUCGGCACCUCGUUAAACUUGGGUGAGCUCCUCUUGUACAAAGCCUACAGGUACAGUACCUGCAAGAACCUUUUCCUACUUUCACCCCUGCUUGGCAUGUUAGAAAACUUGACCAAUUCAAUCAUUUUUCAAUAACAUCAACGUGUUAAUGAUUGAUUUGUGCUAACAUCAAUAUUAUGUUCAUUUUCAAACAGAGCGGUGUAGCACAGGUAGACCCAUAGAGCUGCUAGCUUGUGUAAAAGUACUAAACCCCAAACAUGAUAACAAAAACUCAUCAAAAAUUUGAUAGCAUAUGCACAUGUGAGCUAAUCAUCGAUGUUUUGAGAACAUCUUUAACAUGAUUAACACCAGUCACAGCAGCACUUAGUUUUCUCCCUAGCUCAGUAAGCCUACUUACCCCAUACUUUUGAUUGACCAUAAUCUGAGUCACUGUUUACAGAUAGUCUCAGACAGAUAGUCUUGAACAGCUUCCUUCAUGUUUUUAUCAACUGACUGACUUACGAUGACUUUGAAAUUCUCCAAACUUAAAACAGUUGACUUCUUUGUGUGUCUAUGGUCAAUAGUUCACUUGUUAAGCCACUCCAGUUUACCACUUUGGGCUGCUACAGGACUUCUUACAGACAAAACAAGGAUCAUUUAAAUUACAACUAAACUACAAUGUGUCUGAAACGAGAGAUAAGAUAUCAACAUUGCGUGGUGUACCAAGUCAUUUUGGAGAUACAGAGAUUUUAGCUACCUCAUUUCCUUAAGUUUUGGUCGCUCUGACAACAUGGUAAGCACUAGCUAGUGAACAAUGGUGAACAUUUACAGCUUCAGAGCCAGAUAUUUUCCCUCAAUAGUCAUUUAAAAAUAAAAAAAUGUCAAUGGCUGGUGUUACAUUUGCCAGGUGGCCAGAAACAUGCCUCAAAUUAAUAUUAAUUUUGCUCCAAACUGCACAAUGUGCCAAUUAGCAUCUACCAUUUGCUAACAAGAUGAAAAUAUGUCAAUGUAGUGAUCAUCAUAUCUCAAAUGUCCAUAUUGAUGAGAAAAAAUCGAUAAAUUUCCACUUUCCUGGUUGCAAGAAAGGCCACGGCGCUCAUUACUGAGUCUGUUAAAGGUAUUCUGUACUCCCAAAAUGGCAAGCAAGUUAGAGAAGAGAGAAAAGGGGGAAAUUAGGUCUGAUUUGUGAGCAUGUUUUUCCAUUGAAGGAGGAGGGAGAGGAGGAGGGGAAGAGUGUGGUGAUAUAGCGCUGUGUCAGCACUAUGUCAUCUGGCUCUCCGGAGACAAAGCCACUGUGAAGCUUUACGACUCUUUAUGGAGAAAUUAUGAUGUUUCACAAAGACAUUAUCAUUAUGGGCAAACCUUUAAAGGUGAUGGAGGUUUCCAGACUUAUCCUACUCCUUGCUCUAAUAAGUCUGCCUCUCUGUGAAGGAUACUUUUGAUCGGUUGUUCUCUAAAUAGAGUUUGUUCUCCACUUUUUCUUUCUCCAGCGUUUUUGUUUUCUGAAAGAAAUGAGAAAUGGUUAUGCUGUUUUUCUGAGAGUUUUAAGGCGUCCUAAGUCUGUCACGUUUUCUUGCACGUGUGGGUGUGUUUUAAUGUGUGUCUCAAAGUGGUGGAAGAGGGUGUACUUCACACACAGUAAAGUGUGCUAAACUGGGGUGAAUUUACAGGAAACUCAGAGGAGCCAUCGAGAUGCUGCAUCUCUUUUGUUUCACUGCAUGGUUCACCUCUCUCUCCCUUUGCUUUCUCCUCUGCUGUAACCUUCUCUGGUGAGAAAAUGCCAUGUCAAUAAAAGCUUUUUAACAUGAGGAAAAAUCAAUGCACUCCAAUUGCACCUUUCUUCAAGCCUGUCCACUGAACAAAUGAGGGGUUUGGCCUCUGCACUCGAGGUGGAUGCCGAGAAAAGGGCUGAAGGUGGAUCUUUACAAAUUUGACAUUUCAAAUUGAAAGAAAAUCCAAAAUCAAACAAAACAGAACAAUUUUUACAUUUGACUAAACAUGAUCACCCUACACUUAACUUGCUUUAUUGGCCACAACAUUAACUUUUAUGGUCUGGAGAUGAGAGGCAGGUUUGCAGGCAGAGUUGCAAUAAACAUGGACAAUAAAAGUACAUCAUAAAAACAAUAAAAACAGGAGAAAAACACAUUAGCAUAAAAGCUCAAUAAAAUGUGUGAUAAACAGUUGCAUCACGUACCUAUAUGAGAUGGAAAAACCAUCAAUCCCUCAUGGAAAUGAUCAAAUUUAACCAUCUUUUUUCUCUGUUAAGAGAGAAAGUCUGAAAUAUUUCCAGUUCAAUAAAUCAUAAUCAUAAAUAGUGGUCUUCAUGCUAAUCACCAUUUACCAGUGGGCCACAAAAGACAUCAAUAUUUCUCUGCCUAUUUGAUAACCGGCUAAAAUCUCCUCACAGGAGCUACAAGUGAUUACCUACUUUACAAGUGCCUCGCUGCUUUGUGCAACUAAAGGGUACUAUUUAGUAUUUUGCUCCCAGAAAUAGACUUAUGAGGUGAUUAAAUGUGAAUAAUGAGUUUUACAGGUUGCUGGUAUGGGCCAGGAAACUUCAAAACAAACAAACAAAAGAAUAAACCAUCAGGAGAGUUUAGAUUAAGGCGUUACACAAAGAGAACCAAAAGUUAUCAAUGAUAUUCGACACCACAGUCCAGUAUUAACAUCUGAGGAAGUUUGGCUGGUUAUUGCAAACUGGUGAUGUAGUUGAAAACUCAAAAACAGAGCUGUUUAUGAUCCAGAAACUUAAUUCAGUUUAUGAAUGUAUGCUUAAAUGAAAAAUGGUAAUGCCUACAGAGAUAGCACUGCACAAGAAACUAUCAGAAUUAACUGCUACAGCAGAUUAGAGUGCAGAAAAGGAAAAGAAACAUGAAGUGUAAAUGGGAAGUUCCCCCCUGUGGGACUGAUAAAGGAGUAUCUUAUCUUAUCUUACAAUUACGUAGGGUUUAGACUACUGUGAGGUCUUGUAUGGGGAUCUUCAGUGAGAUCAUGGUUGACACACCCGGUAAGAAAGACACUGUUUCCUUCCUUGUGCUUUGGGUGUGCAACUGCAGAUGAGCUCGCCUGAUCACAACAGCUUGAUCAGUGCACCUCUUUGUAAGUCCUACAUGGAGGGGAGCGUAUCACCACUCUCUGUAGAGCCUCUUCUGUCCUGAGUGGAUCUGUUUCCAAACCGCAUAUCGAUGUUUCUUGUCAGGAUGCUCUUUACAGCUCCAGAGCAGCAGGAUUGAAGGGCAGUCAGAUAAAGUUGCCUGAGGUUUGAAAGGUGUUGCCCUGAUACCAGAGUGUCUGUUUAUGCUGUCCAUGUCAGAGCCUCAGGGAUGAGGACUCCAGGGUAUUUGAAGCUGAAGCGGGUAUUUGAGUGGUCUUUAGAGUUGAGAUUUUGUCAAACUAGCAGCUGUAGCUCCAGGGAAAAAUGACCGGGGAGCGGGAUUGUUUGAGGGAUUUGCUUAUAAUCUGAACAAUGAAAAUAUUACAUCAUAAAUCAAAAUUCAUCAUCUAAUGUUCCAGCCCAGAACGCUAACUUUUAGGAUAAAUGCAGCCUGUUUAAGAAACCUUCUUCAAGACAAUAUCUCCACAAGGUUUGCAAGAAUUCUCACCUCCGUUUUAAAAACUUGAUUAUUCUACAAGUUUUCACCAAUCAAGUGUGCAAAACAAAACUUCAGCCAUGUUGUGCAUGAACUAUGGCCCACACUGACUUUAUGUAUGCAGCCUUUAGCAGCAGAAACUAUGUUGUGGUUAAACAUUGCUGGGCAGAGGUUUGUACAGGUUGGAAUCAAAGGAUCAGUUCCUCAUGUACAGUAGUUUAAUCAAGUUUAAGGAAGUUGUUCAAUAUUCAACUCAACACAACUCAACUUUACACACAACAGAGUUGAUCAAAGUGCUUCACAACAACACAGAGGAAAAACAAAACAAAAGAAGAGAACAGAUGACAACAAAGAGGAACAGACUAAGUGACAGUAAUAAUAAUGAUGAUAGCAAUAAAAUAUAGUUUUCAAUACCAUCACUAUCAUCAUCAAUCAUAAUAGUCAUAAUAAAUAACUAAUAAUAAUAACAAUAUCAGCAGCAAUAAUAAUAACAAUGAUAAUGACAACACAGGUUUACUGACCUACAGAGCUCAAUAGAUGUUCAAUACUAUUUUAACUUAAAGUGUGAGCUUCUAAAUUGAUGCUUUACUGUUUUGACAAGCGAGCUACCUAAACUAGCUUAGAAAAAGCUGGUCAAUGGACGAGUUAGGGUUCAGCUAGCUGGUUAGCAUGCUAACACCUAAGAGAGCCCCAUCAGCCAAGAGUUACCAAACUGUAUAAACAGGUAUAGGAAGUGUUGGUGCCAUGAUAACCCUGGUCAGAGCCUGGAGAAAGACCAACAUUUCUCUCUCUUUCUUCACCUGGUUUAUUCCAGGAUAAUAUUAUUGAGAUAGAGCAGGAGGCAGAUGUUUAGGGAAAGGCUUUUCUCAGUUGCGACAUCUUAGAGACUUUGGUUUACAAGAAUUUAUGCCCUACAACUUAAAGAAAGAAAGUUAUUUUAUCCUCUAUCGUUAAUUGUGGUUGUUUUUAGCAUGCAUAAAGAUUAUAGUACCUCAUUGGGAACACUCAAGCCAUUAAGGUUUGAUUAACGCUUAAUCUCCAGACAUCUUUAAAUGCUCUUUCCUCAUCUGAUUUAUUACAUUCAUUCACCUGCUCUCUCAAUAAACCAGAUGCAUGCCAAAAGCUCCCCUGUGCUCAAAAAUAAAGUGUUGGUGUGUAGUUAUGAGUUCAUAAUCUGCAUUGUCAGCCUCUUCCUCUAUAGAUAACCCCCUCCCAGUGAUGACCCCACAUAUCUACAAGGCUCCACUGUCACUAUUCACUAAUUCUUGUUUGAAACAGGUCCUAUUUUGUUAUUUUCUUGAUAGUCUCACUUGAAGAUGUUGGCAGGCAGAAGGUGGAGUAUUUUAGGAGUUUCAAACUAGAUGUAAUGUCUCUGCAGAUGAUCUUGUCAGCUUGUUAGCUAUCUUGUGGUUAUGAGACAGGAAGUUUAUAGUUCUAAAUAAAUGUGGUAGUAGUAAAGUGGUAAAACGCCCCUGCUAGGCAAAAAUCAACCUGAUAACCAAAAGUCUUCCUUAGGAUUGGAUAAUUCCAGGACACAUUUCCUUCAGACAUCUGAUGAAAUAACUUCAGGAGAAACUCUUACAAGUUCCUGAACCAACCUCCCUCAAGAAAAACAGAUUACAUGGCACCAGUUUUUACUGAUAUAUAAGCAAACGAUUCAAAAGGGAGAUGCACCAUUGUCAGAAAACACUUCCUAGGCUUGUAAAGAACAUUUUCAGCAAAGAGAUAAGAGAUACUAUUUUAUCCCACUGGGAAAACAAGAUAAACACAAACUGAAAUUCACUCAUAGGAGCCGUCACUCUACUUCUUGGGUGAUUUCUAUUCUCUGAUGCAUCAAAUGGAUUCAUCAGACACAAAAGCGCAAUGGUCCAUACUCAACCAUGUUAGAGUUGGUGGAACAACCAGUUGUUGCACUUUUGCUUUAAUUUCCUCGGAGGAAAAUUUCAUAAACAAACCCUUUUCAGUCUCACAUGCUCACUCAGUGGGGACUGACAGCCUCAGAUAAAGCAGUUUGCCUGUUGGUUCCUUUGCAGAUCUUAAGCUGCAAACUGGUUUGUAUGAAAAAUGGAAAUUUAUCCCUGAAGCUUGAGGAGAAUUGAACCACUUCUAAUGCUUUAUUCAGUUUUAAUGGUUUCAGUCCAUUUUUUCUUUGCUUGCUGUUUGUUUCUGAAAGUUAUUCUGCUUCUUUUACUCAAGUCAGCGAUUCAUGUUGAUGAAAAAUUCCCCCUGUGAUCUCAUUUAUCUAAAAACCUAACAUCCACAAGCAUUUUCGGGAAAGUUUUGCUUCAAACAGGUUUUGAUUAUAAACUUGAAAUCUACACCACCUGGGUGAUAAGAUGAUAAAGGAUGAUGAAACAUUCACAGACUUCUGUGACUGAGUGUGUUUUGGAGAGGGCCACCCUCAUACUCGAUACUCCUUUUCUCAUCGGCCUUUUUUUUAUCUGUCUUUGUCUUUCUUAAAUGGCCAAAAUAAAACAUGGAGGGAUCAGACACAAACACUAAGUGAGUUAUUGAUCUAAUAUUGAUGAGAUGUCCACUGGCUGACUAAUUACUUAAAGACUGUGACUUUGGGGCUUGAUUGGUUGCAGAUGGGCCUGACACUUACAGACAGGAACAGAAAGAAUUGUACUGCAGCUUAAACCGCUCUUAUAACUGCUGGCCUUUAAAUCUCUCUUUCAGGUUUUUCUCUCGGUUACAUCCUCUGUCUAUCCUCACUCUCUUCCAUAUGUGUCUCUGUUGUCUCAUUGGUUUAUGGAUCAAUGAUCCGUGGGGGUAAGGUGACCUUCGUCUGAUGGGCCAAUCAGGGAGCAUGCUGGCAAAGGUGCUGCCUCAUCCAGAGACUAAAAUGCUUCUCAGCACUAUCAAAUUCACAGACUAUAGUAACAGAAUAGACCUGGGAGAACUGUACAUGUGCACACAGGUGUAUGUGUGUGUGUGUGUGUCUUUUGUUUAACCAGCUAAUUGAGGAUGGUUUGUCUAAAUUGGGGGUAAAUUUUGUAUCCUAUUAAUAUCUGCUAUCAAAUAGAACAGUCUCAAUGUGUGAUAGGAUACAAAUGAGAUUAGCUAAUGCUGAUGGUCCCCUGUGAUGGCAGCCUUUGCCAUCCCUGCAUCAAUGAAGUGUGAAUAAGUGAGCAUGACAAGUAGAGUACAAGAAGAGGCCAGCUGUGACUGAAUGUGGAGGAGAGUUAAUGUUGGACUUACUGCCUGAAGUUAUGAAAGUUCAUUUCUUUAACUGGUGUGUUAAUGUGUAAAUCAACAGUUUCAUCCAUGAAGUGUUGUGUUUGAAUCUCUUCUUUGGCGUUGACUGGCCUGGCAGAUUGAAAUCUCAGUUUUUAACCAGAACAAGACAUUCCAGCACAGUCUGACCUCCAAAUGGAGUUGUCCAUCAUGCUAUCAAUGAUUCCCUUUAUUCAGAGAAACUCUCAAAAGUUAAAGAUUAAAUAUGAUCUUACAAUCCCAACACUGGUUUGCUUCAUAGCUCUGCUGAGCAUCAUUAAAAUUAACUGAUUAAAUUUUAAUUUUUCUCUCAUAGAUGCCUCAGUUUCUCUGUUCAUGACAGCUGACAGUGAAAGUUUUCAAGCUUUUAAAACAGUGUAUCUGCCGAAAUAAUUUAUAACAGUGUCAAGGGACUGGCUGUACCGACGUGGCAGCUUCACUCUCUCUCUCCUCUCCCUUUUUCCUGCUCCUCAUCAUUCUCUCACUUCUUGUGACUCACUCCCUCCCAUUUCUAAGGGCUCUGAUUGGCUUGUGGCUGCAGGUCAAAGUAAAUUAUUAAGGCCUGCUCUGUAUUUGGCCGUAAAUGCUUUCUCUCUGUCUCCUUUUCAAUCUCUCUCUCCCUCGUGUUUUCUUCUUUCUUCCUCUCCUUCCUUCACACUCAGCCCAUUUAGGAAGAGAGUGAAAGAAUAUGAAAGCACUGCAGCAUGGGGAGAAAAUAGAAGGAAGGGAGAAAAACAUCCAGAGAUAUGAGUAUGUAGAGACGGGCAAAAAUAGAGGAAGAGAGUUGGUGAAGAAAUGGAAAAAAAGAGGUAUGGAGGAGAGAGGAAGAGAGAGGCGAGUGCUGAUGAACUGCACAGCAAGCAGUUUGCUUUACCCUCCACCUGCCACCUGCCCUGCAAGGACACCUGAGUGCUUCAUGCAAACACACACACACACGCUCUGAAAUAGAGGCUGUUUGAUGGUGUGUGUGUGUGUGUGUGUGUGUAGAUAUGUGCUUCCACAGAGGGACCACUUAAGUGUUGCCGUCAUUGAACUAACUGCCAAAUGAGUUAAGGGCGACGAGAAAGGAAGAAGGAUGAGGAGACGCCGUGAAAGAGACUAUGAAGGAAAAUUAGAGUUGUUUUUCAUUUUCAUCAAUAAUUCAGGAUGUUUGUUAUAUCCUGUUGUGAAGCUGCAAACCUCAUGCCUCAGUGAUUUUAACAAAGGCAAACAACCUAACAUGUGCAUGUAUGCACACAGAUACACACAUAACGGGUUGUUUUGCACACCAGUAAUUUAUGUAAAGAUGGGAAUCUUGCUGUGGGUAAAUGACUCAAGAAAAUAAGUGGGCUGCUUAUUAGUGUACUCUUUUAUCUGCCACUGUUUUUGAAUCUAUUAACCAACACCUACUUGGCAAACUCAGCUUUUCCACAAACAGUCAUUGCACUCUCUCUCUCUAUAUUGCUUCUUUUUCUCAAAGGUUAUUAAAGCCGCUCCGUUUUGUGUCUAAUGACUAUGCAUUAUGUAGAAGGGGUCAUAUUGUGGUAAUCUGUGCUCAUGGCCCUCAAUGGCAAAAACUCUAAUGAACCCUGUUCAGCACAAAACAGCAGGCAGUUAUCUUGAGGAAUAAUAGCAGAGUUUAAUGGUCAAAGUGAACAUCAGGGUGGAGGCUGAAGCUGCACAAGAGAGUGAGAGAGAUAUUUGGGUUGGCAAAAGCAUUACUUGAACAUGAUAACUGCAAAUUUUGCUAUAUUGGGCUAUGUUGUGUGUGUGAGAGUGUGUAUGUGUGUAGAGGAUUUUAUAGCAUCUAAAGCAGUUGUAAAUACAGUGGUUUCACUGUAGCAGAUGAGGAGUAAAGCCAGUAAAUGCCCCACAGUCUCAAAGCACUCUUAAAGUCGUAGUCACUGGUGCACCGAAACAGCAAUAAGAAACUAAUCAGAAGUUUAUGUAGUCCGGUGGUAUAACGUUUGCUGAGAUUGGAUUAGCUUUUACAGACAAAUUCAUUUAUAUUUCCCUGGUAGGUAAUGAAGCUGACCUCACAGGGGAGAGUAAUGUCAACGUCUCAUUUGGUACCAGCGUGGGACGUUACAGCUGCAUUUAUGAUCAUCUUUAACUGCAACAAAGUUGUGUAUAUAUUCUUCAGCAGUAUCACAUUAAAAUUCAGUGCCUUACUUGGUAUUACAUCGAUUGGAUUAACCAUUUGAUCACAUUGACUUGCUGCACACGCAUUACUGGAAAGACUCAGGUUGCAAUCGUUCUAUUAGCCGGAGGGUGCUGUGUGAUUUGUCAGGGGUCAUAUAAUCUACAACCACUGCUCAUAAACUUCUGUUUGUCCUGCAGCAGCAGAAUUUAAUGUCAGAGUUUAACAGGUACACACACACCAGGGCCAAGCGUCUCUCGUCCCGGCUGAUCAAUGAUAGGUCAAUGGCUGUUCCAAGAAGAUGUAUAUGUGGGUGUGUGUGUUUGUGCACAAGCUGAUGUGAGAACGACUUUGAUUAGACUGGAUAAGAGCCAGAAACCAUUGCUUUUCAGCUGUUUCCAAUCAUCAUCAUCAUCAUCAUCCUCUCCUCAUGCUCCGGGGUUGCUAAACAGAUGCACAGCUCAACAAACGCAGUUAAAUUUGGCAGUUUGCAUUCUCCAUCCUCCCUCUGCUGCUUCCCUCCUUUUUCUAUCCUCCAAGGCCAUUAGGGAAACCAGAGCCAGCAAGCCCGGCCAGGCUUUAGCCAUUAUGUUGUAUUUGUGUGUGUAUGUGGGAGCUUGUGUGUUCCCAGGUGAUGUGCUUUAAGGCAAACAAUUUCCUCUCCCCACAGCAACAGGCAUGGAUCAAAGUAAUUGGACAGUUUGGUUCACACUCGGGCAGUCCAAAGCCUGGUGUUUAUACGUGUGUGUGUGUGUGUGUGUGUGUGUGUGUGUGUGUGUGUGUGUGUGUGUGUGUGUGUGUGUGUGUGUGUGUGUGUGUGUGUGUGUGUGUGUUAUGUGUGUAUUCUCUGCCUCAAAACCCAAAGCCAGGCAGAAAUGCUUCCACACAGUUUUUAAACCACACAUACACAUUCAAUAACUUAUUUUUCUCUCUGUAUUGGUGUUGAAUAAAACAUGGCAGUAAAAGUGUGUCAAAGUCUCGCUCACUGCAGAGGGAGAUGAGAUGGAAGGUUUGUGCUCUAAUAGAAUGUCAGAUACGAUAGGAAGAAUGUAAUUGUGGGUAGUUUGGGUGGUUUCAUCCUUCGUCCUUCUCCUGCUUUUACCCCCACUCCUUACAAUUACUGUAUCUGGACUCAACCAUCCACUAGCUGCCCACAACAAACACGCCUAAUUAACACAGGUUUCUUUCUAAUACAGGAGACCCAUCUAUUGAUGAUGGGAGGAUAGCAAAGGAAGUAGGAGAACAAGGAUAAUGGAUGAUGGAUGACAGAGUAAUGGAGGAAGGAAUUAGAGAGGGGGUUAUUAAAGGAAGUCAUCAAAAGAUGAAAUGAAAAGAGCAAGGCAUUAAAGAAACACAAGCCACACGCUGCUCAGUCUUUUAUCGAUGCAAGUUUGAUUUCCCACAUGAACUUUUCAGCGUGUUUUCUGUCUGAUUGCACACAGAUAUGAUGAAAUCGAAAGAGAGAGAGAGGGGGGAGGAGGAGUGGCACAGUGAUGACUCAGAAAAUCUGCUGUACAACCGAUGUUCGGUUUCUUUUAUUGAUCUCCCUACUUUAGUUACUUCUUAGGAAACUGCAACAACAUGGUUCAUCUGGGGUUAAAACACACACUCUCCAAAUGCAGAUAGAUCCGAUACUCAAGAACACAAACACACACCCAGACCACAGGAAUGCUGUCCUUAAUGUGCCUGAUUCGGUUACUGACCAGUGUGAUGGAUGAUAAAGAGGGCAUUACCUGCUGAAGAUGGCCUGCAUGUUAUUCAGAUUAGAUACACACAAGCACACUACUAUACUUCUGAGGAUCAUCGUGAGGAUAGAAAAAAAAAGACAAAAACAAAACAAAACCAGAAUGACUGGGUUUGGGUGCCAAGUGGUUUCAUCAUGUGUCCCACGCACAAAGGCCAAAGUAAAUAUAACUUUGCUGCAUGGCACUCUCCACUCUCUGUUUUCCCCAGUUUCCUCUAUCUGCUCAAAAAAAGGCCGCUAAGAAUAAUCUUUUAAAAAAUGACUUAGCUGGUCAGAAACCAUCAGGAUGAGUUUCUCUAAUGCCAUCAUGGUUGACAGACUUGAUACCCCAAGCCAAGAGGGAAAAGACAAUGAUUAACACGGCAGUGGUCCAGACAUUAAACAAUUUACAACCGAGGGCAUUUUGGACAACAAAAAUGACCAUGAAAAAAACCCUCCAAAGCAUUUUUUUUUUUUGCACUGAUGUGAGCACCCUGGUUUUGUAGAGAAAAUAGAUGCAACCACGCACAAAAGCAGACACGGGUCCUGAAUUCUGCAAAACCGGUACUGUAUCUAAAUAAAAGAGUUAUGGGUUUUCACUCGUACAAAAAUGUGGUGUACAAAAAGACACUAUGUUGUUCUUCUGCAUCAUUUUUGAUCCUAUUAACUUGUGAGUGAUUAUUACAGAAGUGUUAAAAGGCUAAGUAGUUCUUUUAUAGCUGAUUAUCACGACUUAACGCCUAAAUCCGUGAAAUCUGAUUAACAUCUCUUAGAUUCUUUCAAGACUUGUAAAAUAAUUUUGAAACUGAGAUGAGUUUUAUUCAUUUAUACAUGCCCAACCCCCCCAAGUAAGAGCGCCUCCUCAUAAAGAACUGCUAACAAGAAACCUACGACACUCUUAAAUAUAUAUGCAUAAACUUUUAGUGUCCUUACACUCAGCUUUUAUUUGGCUUAGUGUUAAAUUAAUUUUCCGUUCAAUUUGAGUGGAUAUUAUGCCUCGAGAUCAUACAUACACUUCAACACACACAUCUCUCUCGUUCAUAGGUUGGAUGGCGCUGGUGUGUGGUUGUGGAGAGGUAAUUAUUUGCUUGGCCAGUCUGAGCUGGCUUUGACUCUCAAGGACAGACGGGCCUGCAGCUACAGCACUAAACAACACUCUUAUUACACAAUGGACACAGGCAAUGAGUGUGUUGGCGUGUGUGUUUAUUUGUGUUGUAGGUGGUGUGAUUUAAAUGAAAGCCUGCCCUUGUAUCUCUACAUGUAUUCAAACAAAAUGCACAGUUGUUUUUAUGGCUCAUAUUCUUCUGUGAGCUGUGUAUACGCUUAUGUGUGUGGGCAUAUACAGAUAUUUGAUUUGUGAGGCACCUGUGGAUGUAUAAAGAACAAUGGCUCUUAUAGCGCUGUGCCUGCAGGUUUCCACCUCAGGGAAUCAAAGCCACACUCCCAUCAUCACACACCCGCACAUGCACAAACAUGCCUAUCCACACUGAAAUACACCCACCCAUCCCCACACACACACUCCCCCAUGUGAAAAAUAGCAGGGAUGGGGAACAGGAAAUUAAAGUUGGGGAGAACACUGGGGACAAAAGGGUGGAGAAAAGCAGGGAAGAGAAGGUUUCAAGACAGCACCAAGGGAGCGAGAGAGAAGGAGAAAGAGCGAGAGAGAGAAAGAGCGAGGGAGAGUGAUUGGAAAAAAGCCAUCAGAGGAAGAACAUCAGUCACAAGGGAUCAACACAAACGGGCCAGACAGAUAAUGUUUCACUUUCAGGCCCUGUAAAAUCUUUUACGACAGCUUUCCCCGGAUGACUCCUACCUGUUUUUAUGUGGCUCUGUGUUUGUGUUUAUGUGUAUACAUGUGUGUGUCUAUCUGUAUGUGUGAAGUUAAAAGCUUCUACAGCCCUCGGUGUGCGUAAAAAAAGAUUGCAUGCUACCACAUUUUUGCACGUCGCCAUGUGCAUGCACGCUUGCACGUGUGAACAAACAUGAACAGGACAAUUACCUGGUGUGAAGUAUGGGAAUAGGUGUUGAUUUGGGCAUUUUCUUGAACGUGCAUCUGUGUAUCCAGCCAUAAAAAAAAAAAAUGUGCAGGAGACCUUUGAGUGAUGGCGGCGAGGUAACGCGGCCAGGAGACCAAUAACAGAAUGCAGCUUAAGGAGGCUCAUGCCAAGUGACCAAUGACUGGAUCCAACUGAAGAGUACCAGAGCUGAAUGACACACCAUUCCUCGGCUUCAUUCCCCCUCAGAGCCCUGUUCCCAACUCCCCCAGUAACAGUACUGAGUUUUCAGAGAGCGUGUUGCAGAAAUAUAUUGGUUUUUACUCCCUUGGUUUUAGGUUGUUUUUGUUUUUUAUUUGAACCUGUGUGCGAGGCUCUGAUGGAGGGGAAACUAUUGGUUCCUUCUGUCAAAAGCACCCUUAGGCUGGGAGUUUAAAAGCAGCAUUAUGAAGCUGUUCAUCCUUAAACAACUUGCAUGUAAACUCAAAAGGCCCAUGUGCUAUGUAAAGUCCAUUGAUGCUGAGGUAAACAUAUUAUGCGUCCUCUUAGGCAGAGGCAACAAAGGGAAAGCAGAAAUGUCCCAAUUCAAUUUUUCCUUACCAAUACCCACUUCAGUAUGCUCCAGUGCUGGCUGACACAGAGUGCUCCUUUGAUACUAGUGUGAAUAAUCCUAUAAUACUGAUGGAAAACACUGAUGCUGACAUUUCGCUUACUUUUACCAAUAUUACGCUCUGCUAGCAAAACACUGCUUUCGUUUGACAGUGACAUCUAACAAUUUACCGAGAUGAUUUUGGGGUAGAUAAUGGUGACAGUACAAUAGACUGGCGCACAUCAGGAUCAGUAUCAAUAAUCUGUAUCAAUUGAAAUAUCUGAACAACUUUAAAAUUACCAGAUAAAGUGGUAAUAUUUGUCUCCUGUUGCAGUGUCUAUGUCUUGAAAUGAAUCGUGGCACCAAAUAUGCAGGAGAGGCACACUAAUAUAGUAAAUCAAAAUAGAGUUUAGACAUUAAACCCACCAGGGUAAACACAGUCUGUAACUGUCUGGGCAGCUCAUUAGCUUGAGAAAUCUUGUUCCAUUCAACAAGUUUAAGAAAAUUAUUAAAGUUUCUCCACACUUCUGGCUCACCAUGAAAUACUGCUUCUUUGCUCUGACCUUGUUUUAUCUUCCCCUUAAUGAUGCUGCUCCUUGUUUUUACCCCUCCUUGCAGAGCAGGCUGUGUGUCUGUUCAUGUGCCUGUGUGUGUGUGUGUGUGUGUUGCCUUUGUACUAUCGAUCUGAUAGAGCAGCGGGGUGGUCAGUGCAUCCUGAAACAGAAGAAAAAACACCCUGUGUUCCUCAGAGUCUGGCAAACAGAGCUGGUGAAAGUGUUAGUCUUCUCUGCUCAGUCUAUUUUUAAAGGAAAAUAUGAGACUCCGGGCCUGGCUGCUGUAGCCAAAUUUAUGAGUAACACAUCUUCAGUCUGUGUAAUUCACUAACUGACCUCAGCUGUUGACUUAUUGGUUUUUGCUGGAGUGGGGCUCCUAAAGCAUCCCUCCCUUCCUCUUGGUGGGAUUCUAUCCAGAACCUGCUGUGGCACAUCUUGUGGCCGUCCCAGGGUGAUCUGCUGAGGGUGAUGGAGGUUCUGGCUGGCUGGCCUGCUGCUGGUCUGUUGGGUGCCCCAGGCGCCUGGAUUGGAUGGCUCCCACAGGACCUGCUCCCAUUGCUCAUUACUGUCUCUGAAUGGAUGCUGCAUUGCAGAUGGAGGGAAGAGGAGGGAGAAGGAGAGGAUGACUGGGAGGAAAUAUUGUAAUGGGUGGAGAAGAGUGAUAGUUUGUGGAGGAACAUGAAAAAGCAGGUGUGUGUGUGUGGGUGUGUGUGUGUUUGGAGGGGGUAACCAAUUUUCAAGGACACUAAGGUUCACCGCUCUGAUUUGAAGUUACUCUGGCUAUUUUCUGUUUUCAGUUUCUGCUGAAACAACAAACAGUGUGUUUGCUCUUUGCAGCAUAGUGUCCCGAACAGAGUUUGAUUAUUGGGAGGCAAAAACAAAGAGAUGGAAACUUACUGAGAGACAGAUGUGGGAAGUGAGUGAAGACAAUAAUGAAGAUGAUGAUGAGGACGUGUCCGCUGUCUCAUUACAUUUCUGAGUCUCUGAUUAGUUCUCACUAAGCUCCGCUCACUCACUAACAUCCUGUGCAUUUACACAGACAAGUGUUGAUGGAAAAUAUUUCUCUGCAGAUAUUAAAUCAGUGUUGACAGAAUUUCAUUUUUGAGGCAAAUCCUCAUGAGCUUGAGUGAAAAAAAAAUGUAAAAAGCACAGAGUAAGUUGACCAUAGGAGACCACUUUUUUAUGUCAUGCUAUAUUAUCAGGACAGUUUUGUUUACACUCAUUCUGUUGGUUUGCAGGGAUGCACAUAAUCUUGAAAUAUAUGCAGAUACACUAGUUAGAGACAAAACUAUGAUCGCCGAAAUAUGAGAAAUGGCUCAUCUUACCCCACUCUUUCUCUAUCAAGUUUUUUUUAGAAGUAAAGGUUAUUCUUUUGGUUUGGGACAGCUGUCAUAAGCUACAAAAAGCAGUAGGUCUAUUAAGGAUAAGUAGGCUAUGUCAGAAAGUAGGAAAGUAGUGCAAAUUGCCUACUUUAGACACGACACUCUGGAUAUUAAACAGACUAGAAACAUGCCCAAUUAUAAAUUCCUGGCUCUGUAGGUGCCAACAGAGCGGUUUCUUCCAUCAAAGUAACAUCGAUCGGAAGUCUGUUGGCCUGUUGAGUUAUGAUGAUGAUAAUAACGUAAUGAUCAUUACUCUCUGAAGAUGCCUGUGGUAUCAUUAUUAUUUGGCAGGACUGUCAUGUGAGUUUGUCCCCGUGCUGAAUGUCUGUGGUUUGGACAGCUCAGACCUUAAAACUCCACAGACCUCUCCCUCUCUCUCCCUCUCUCCCUCUCUCUCUCUCCCUCCCUCUCUCUCUGUCUUGGUAUCCUCUCAUUCCGCUCACUCCUUCCAGUCGCGGUUAACGGGCGUGCGGUUGCCAGGAGAGACGCGCGUGCAGUACCGUGUACAGCUCUUACGGCAGAGCGGCACGGGCUCUCCCCCGCCAUUUCCUCGUGUCGAGCCGUGGAAUGUCGAGCAGCGGCUCGGGCUCUUCCUCGCGGAAGGAGUUCGACGUGAAGCAGAUUCUCAGGAUCCGAUGGAGGUGGUUCGGUCACCCCGCGGCUCCUCCACCUCACUCCCCGCCGCUCGGAGACUACUUCACCGGGAGGAGAACGGGCGGCAGCUCCGGAGACGGACCGUCAGUUAGCGGCAUCAGCAACUCCAGUUCAGCAAGCGUAACACCCAGUGCGGGGAUUCACGGCGGUCUGGUGGCCAGCGGCAGCGCCGGAUCUAACCUGUGUAACAGCAGCGGCAGAAAGUUUGCUGAUCCGGCGGGGAGUCGGGGCGGACCGGGAGGCGCGGCUGCCGGAGCGACGGGCGGCUCCUGUCCCCGCUCCUUCAGCCAGCCGGAGUGCAGGAGCUCCGCGGUUGGGCUGUCGUGGGUCUCUCCGCCGCCACAUCGUCGCUCCCGGCCGGUGACGAGCAUGGAGCUCCCCGGAGAGGCGAAGCUUUUGCCCGAGUCUAUGGCUCAGGUCGGGACCGAGGAAGAGGGGGCGACACCGGCAGCGGCGGGCGUAGAGGAGGGUAACCACCCGGAAACCGACACGAGCUCGUGCAGGUAAGAGAAGGACAUUCUCGGUCAUGGGACUGAAACUCACCUCAACUUUCUUUAAGACAUGCAGCCUCAAGAAGAAAAAAAAAAGAGUUUGAGGAGAAAUAAAGAGUUUUUUUUUCCCACGGUAAGAACACUAUAGCUAAAAUUAGUAAUACCAUCACUAUCGCUGGAUGAUUUUUACCCGAAAUUAUAUAGCCAAGAAAAAGUACUUGUCAUCAAAAUAUAUCAAAAUAGGACAAUACAUGACAAAGUAAAGUAGUUUUAUUUUUAACUGUGUAAUGUCCAAAGAGAGGAAAGGUGCCAUGAGGGGACCAUGUAAAAAUGCAACAAAAUAACUGAAAUUAGGCAUUCAUGAACACAAAAUUCCUAAAAAAAUGAUAGAAACUGUAAACUUAGUUUCUUUUCCACCCAUUCCUGGGGCAUCUAUGUCUUCCCUGGUGAAGACUCAGCGUCCUUGGCACAAUAACAGCUGCAGGAGAGAGAGAGAACCAAAAUAUGGCGUACUUUGAGAGAGUAAAAAUGACCAGCUGACUGAAAUAUUUCUUCUCACCAUAUGAAUUCCCUUGAAAAUCACUACUUUGUGAUAGUUUUUCAUAACCACAGUACUAAAUAAAGAUAGCAUGCAAAUUCCAGGACCACUCUUACUGACCUUAUUCCCUACAUGCAGCUAUCAGAUCCACCCAAACCUACUUUACCCUCUAUCACUAUUGCCGGGUCUUGGAUCAGGGAAACAAAUAUGCCUUCAAAGAUGUCAAAGGCAAUGCUGAAGCUAACCAGGGACACCAUGAUACUCAGACAAACGCAACAUAAUGAAAAUCACGUAAACAUGUUUGGUCAUCUGUCUGUUGUCAACCCAUCAUAGGUCAGAAAAUGACUCAAGGCCAUGGUGAAAGACAGGACACGUGGAAACUGAACGAGCUCCAAGAAGGGUGUAAUUAGACCUGGAAAUAAUUAUCUACGAAAGUGACUGCUCAUGCAAAACUGUGGAGAAGGGGGUCCAUUUAUUCCCUAUAUGAAAAUAGAGGCUGAGUACCUGGGGGACAACGUGCAGUCCACUGAUUACUCCUCAACCUCUUAAUGAGGCUUCACCAACCAGCCUUUGUUACUAUAUACAGAAACCAACACACACACACACACACAUGAACAAGGGAUUUACAGAGUCAAAUUAGCUAUAUGACUCCAGGGCCGAGUUCUUGCAUGUAGCAGCACACUGCUCUUGACAUUUAUAUUGUUUUGUCUUCAACAACCGAUUCUUCCAGUUUUUUUUUCACUCACAGUCCUCAUUGCUCUGCAUGUUUGUGUGUAAAGCAAUGACAUGACUGUGUGGCUGUAGCAAAGUAAAAAGAGCAUUUGAUUAAUAGUUACCAUGAAGACAUUGUAAAAAAGCAAUUAGGGCAUCAUAACUCCUCCAUUAAACACAUCUGCAGGCUUCCAGCUUUUGUCAUGGUGCAGCAGCAAGCAUGAUGAAGUAAAAGGUGAAAUACAGGCAGCGCAUGUUUACUAUGAUAAUGCAACUGAAAGCCUCCCAUCAUACUCUGUGUUCCCAAGACCCACAUCAGAUAUAUAAAUGAUUCAUAGGUCAUGCUCGAGCACAAACACAUUGCUCGAGCACAUGCACACUUACACUUAAAAACAGUGGGAACAACUGCAGCCUUUAAAUCCAUUUUCCUUCCUCACUUCAUUUGUUUUCAUUGCAGUUGUGUAUGUUUGUGUGUGAGAGACAAAAAAAAAACAGCCAGAGAGGAGAUUUUAAAAAUAUCUUUUGUUAUGCAAGGCUUGAUGUCACUUCUUCCUCGAUGAUGUGGUUGGAAAAUUGCUCUAAUAACAAUUCAUAUGCAGACACUUAUCAGCCGUAUCAUUAACGAAUGUAGAUGGUGAUGGGAAACUGCACAGAUUUUGAGUACAUAUUGUACACGUGCGUGAACGUAGCCAUGUCCUAUUUACAUGUUAUGGUUGCCAUACCAACACAGAGGAUCCAGUUAUGAAGCGUACACAUGUAGCCUUUGCACGUAUGUUUAGUGUAUGUGUACUGGGGGUGGGUGGGGAGGGGUCUUUCUGUACACUUCCCUCUGAGAGCUCCUGCGUACGGUAAGAUACUCCAAGAACACAAGUGGCAGAAUCCCAAAUGGGAUCAUGGGAAGGGACGCGUACAGAAUCCCAGAGUGGCUGACGGCUUGCUUUGACUCCACUGAUCUCCUCCUCUCCUUUUUUACAUUCUCACCCCAGUACCCCACCCCCUCCCGCCCCUUAAUCCUGGUGUGCCUUCCUUACUCUCUCUCUCUCUCCCUCUGUCCCCUGUUCAUCUCUGCCCACCCUUGUCCAUUCAUUUGCUCUUUCUCUCCUCUUUCCCAUGAGCAUUUGUUGGGAAACAAAGGCAUUUGCAUGUGUGUCAUUGAGAGUGUAACAUGUGACCGGGCAGGCACAUCAUGGCAUGCUGUAUAUCAGCUAACCAUGUUUUCUUUUGCACUAGCCCUUAGCCCGCAGGCUAAUCAGCCCAGAUAGUUAAUCACAAGGGGGUAGAAAAAGUGUGUGAGAGAGAGAAGGAGGGAGGAAGAGUCUGAGUUACAGCUGUAAGAGUGUCCUUGCCUGGUGCAGGGGUUUAAAUAAUCUGUCUGCAUGGUGUGGAUCCAUUCCUGUGUUUCUCCUUUCCCUCUCUGUUUCUCUCUCUGUCCAUGUUGAGUGCCUGCCAGGCUCAAUUAAGGGGACUGGAAGGCAGCGUUCCCCCACUUCAAAGCCAUCUCCUCUGGCAGUAUUUAGCCCUACCAUUCGUCUGCAUGCACAUUCACUCACACAUAUAUUCACACUCACACAAGAGGAAAGGAAAGCUGGCCAAAAAGCUGCCUCGGAGGGUGAGAAAUGGGAUAGGGAAGAGAGGGGACGGAGGGAAAGAUGGAUGGUGGGAUGAGGUGGGAUGAAGUGAGUGAUGGAUGAGAUUAGUGGAAGAUAUAAAAGUGAGGAUGGGCGGUGGAUAUAGAGAAGUAGAGGACGGAGGCAGAGGGAAGAUGACACAUCACCAUCAGGCAGCAGACAUAAAACAAAAGUGUGUAUGAACACUGUGUACGGGAUCCACUUCAGCUCUUUCUUACAACUUUACCCAACAGCAUCAAAACAGAGCAAAUCACAAUUUUGUCCCUCGAGUGUUUUACACCUGCAAUAGCAGAUUUACUUUGCAUCUUGGGAGUAGCAGAAAGAGGCUGUAAACUCAGCGCUGACCUUUUAUUACCACCUAAAUUGAUAAAUUGAGUCACAGGGUAGUUGUUUAUUAUGUUUGUCGGCAAUUUGGGGCAGGUCAGGUAGGGUACAUGAGGUUUUGACUGCUAUUUUCUUUUGGCCUAUAGCAAAGCUGAGGGGAGUCGUAAAGAUGAACUACAACUCUAAAGUAACUGGCUCCAAAACCAAAAUAAUGACCUUUAGAUACUAAAAGGUUCCAUCACUUCUAAACCAAUGCUGAUGCUUUGGUUUUGUGUGUUGGCUGGUACUGAUCUAACAGCAGCCUUUUAUUGAUCAGCAGUGUUGUGCAGAUGAGGCUAGGAUCAUUCUGCAUGUGUAAGACAACAUCAGGCUUGAUUGAAACUAGGGCUGCAUGAUAUGGAUUUUUUUAGGGUAAGAUUUUUCAUCUGAGGGUGUCAGAAGGUGUAGGCUGACUUUUUUGGUCGGUUUUAUUGGAUAAAACUGUAUGUUAUUUGCAUUAAAUUCAUAGUAUGUCAGGCUGAUAGAAAUACAAAAACCACACUUAUGGUGAAUAACUGUCUGACAUUAACUGGAUGGACCGUGAUGGUACAAUAAUGGGUAUGCUUAAAGAGAGACUGUAAAGUAAGAGAUGGAACUGUAAGGAUUUCACGAGCAGCUAUGGACCAAAGUAGAAUAACUCUGAAAAGAUGACACUCCUGCUCUCCCGGUGUGGUUGAUAUAUUGUAUUGUAUGAUCCAGUUCUUCGAGUAAAUACAGGAUCAAUAAUAUCAAUAUAGAUCCGGUCUAUUUUGCAUUACUCCCGCUUUGCAAAGAUGGGAAAAACUUUGGGAUUGAGCACUAUAGCUACACUAAAUAUAAUCCGAGAGACAGAAUAUUUAACUUCUGCUGGUGUUUAGGAUAUUUAGUAUGUCGUUUUAAAUUAUGUUAUGUUCAUAAACUGCAUUUUUAGUGCCACACCAGUAUUUCAGUCUGCUUUCACUUUGCUUAUUCCAGUGAGAAUAUACAGAAAAAAAUAGAUAAAAUAAAAGACAGUUGGUUUUGCCCGUUAACCCCUAACACACACACAUACACACAGGUUUUCCCAUCCCUUUAAGAGUGUAAUGUCUCCUUAGCUGUAGCAGUGAAAUGAUUCAUCCUUGGAGUAUCAGUUCAUUUCUAAUCUCUUUGUGCUGCAGGGCCAGUUCUACCGCUGCUGCCGUUAAAUUAAAAAUGGAAGUACAGCUCUGGCUCUCAUAAAUUAAAAGCUGGUUUGGGAGCCAUGAUGGCUGCUGAUUCACAGGGAGGAUCUACUCUGGAGCUGGUUUCUGAAGAAAAAACACAUAUGCACUCUCACACACACACACACACACACACACACACACACACACACACACACACACACACACGCGCUACCACCUCAUCAGCCAAACUGGAGGAAUAAGACAUAACAGCCCAAGGCUUCGUCUCCUCCACCAGUGAAUAACGAAUGUUGAAGCCUUCCUGGCCCCAAACCCUACUUCAUUUCUCACAGUUGGUAUAAAGAUCGAAAGAAACUGGUUAACAUUAAGGAGCAGAGUAAAUUACAGCGUAUCCUAUGGGCUCAGUUCCCACAGCUAUUUAAUUGGCAGCCUCUCUUUUAAAUGGGCUAAAUUUAUCUGGUCAUUUACUCCUAGUAAUUGGAGCAUUAAAGGGCUUUCGUCUGCCUCUGGUGACUUACAGUAACCCUUGUUGAAUUGUGAAGGAGAGAAAAGGUGUGAAGAGAUGACACAAUGAAGAAAAAAAGCAGCCGGUGUUGCUUUCUCCACACAUCUGUCCCUUUUUCUGGAACAAAGGGGGGAUCUGCAUCGACGUAAAUCAUGUGACGCUUUAUCUUUGUCUUCAUUUGUGUCUGUCACAGGACAUCGAACAGCAGUGCCACACUGUCCUCGUGCGUGUCCAUGGAGCCCUGUGCGUGUCCAGAGGAGUCCAUGUUUACGGCUCUGUCUCAUGCGGAUGUCACCUUCUCCAAGAUGGAGGGUUACCUGAGGUCCCGACAGCUGUGCGAUGUUGUGCUAGUAGCAGGGGACCGGCGAAUACCUGCGCACAGGUAGGAGCGAAAAGAACCUCCAGGAGAGAGAGAGAGAGACAGAAAGAUGAUCUUCCUCUCUCUGUGGUUGAUGGUCUUGUUUGCUUUUGUCGUUCACAAAGAGACAUUAACAUUAAUUCCAAUAAUUUCUGUUUCCUAACCAGCUAAAAACUCCUUACAGAAGCUUUAGAGAUGUGAAAAAGAAAAGCAUUAAUAUCAUCAUGGUUAAAAUGUUUUUUCAGUCAAUUUUGUGUCCAUAUAUUUUUCAGAUUUUUUAUCUCAUUCUUUACUGUAAUUCUGUACAUUUAAGAAUGAAACAGUGUAUGUAGGGGAACUUUUAACACUAUUAUGGUUGUAAAACAGGUGAAUAAUAUCUGCUGUAUAAAAAUAAUCCUGAUGUUUUGACAGGUUGUGUUCAUUUUUGAUACAUUUUUGGAAAUGUGGCGGAGAUAUGAUAUUGGUUUCAGUUUUUUUUUUUUUAUCUUGUAAAAAAUUCAAUUAAAAAAACACAAAGAAGCCACACAAUGUUGUCCAGGGAUGCAAUGAUAACACAGAUGCACGCACAAAAAGACACCUACAUGAUGACACAUACUGCGCACAAAGGAUACUGUCAGGAAAUAAGAUUUCACACAGCAGGACCACAGGCGUGUUCAUAACAAUCCCUUUUAUUUUUGUAGUCUCUCUGCAGCACACACAGUUCACCGUGCCUCUGAAUCAUGCAUCAAACACACACACACAUGACACACACACACACGUGCCUGUCACUCACCUCAUGGCCCCACUACACUGCUCUGUUGCUGUUACCCUCUGGGCGUGUGGCCACUGGUUCAGCUGCAGGAUCCAUCUGCAGCAGGAAGAGACUUGAGAGCCACCCUCCACUAGCAGAAGGACUCCUUUUCUCUCACUGCCUUACUCUCCUGCCUGACUCCAUUUGAUCCUUAAGGCACAGAUGGUGACAAACAAAAGACCCUGCUGUACAAGAUUCCUAAUAGCGUAUGUUAAAGAGUGUGUCAUCAUCUAAAGUUGUGCUUGUGUGCCAGCAAGGGGGUGGGAGCAAGACAUCUUUGCUUGAAAGUGGUUGUUUUGUUUCCAAUUGAUUUACUGUGUGUGUGUAGGAUAAAGGCGCUUUUUUGGAAACAAAACUUGCACCCUCCCCCUCUCACCUUCUUGCUCUGUCUUACAUGUACACACAGAGGAGUGUAGCAUACUUGCUGGAUAGACUGCCUGUACGGUGUGUGUAUAGCUGCACAGUUUUGUGUGUAGAUGGUUGCGAGCAGUGCAUUUUUAGCAGAGUUGAGCUUUAGUUGUAUUUUGAAAAAGAAGAGCUCUAUUGUAAAUUUUGUCUCUGGGGCUACACCCGACACAAACACAUUAUCUUGCCAUCUCGCUAUUUCUGUUCCCCAUAUAGUCGAGGUGUUUUUAAAAGUGCAGUCUUGGCUCUUUUUUCUAAGAGUACCUUUAGUUGAGGACUAUUUUACCCCUGUCAUUGUGAAUCAGAGGGCACAGAGCUGAAGUCUAUAAUGAGAACUCUAGUUUUUGUCUGUUUACAGUAGAUUACCACGAAGAGGAUAUAGUAAUAUAGAUGUCCCUGUUAGGCAGCUCUCUAACACAGCAGUGCUUUGGGCUAAAAGAUAAUAUCAACCAUACUCAUAGUAGAUGCUAACAUGCUCACGUAGCAGGCUUAUCAUGUUCAUCUUUUAAAUGUAGCAUGUUAAUAUUUGCAGAAAAGCACUUUAGUCAAUGGAAAUUUCAUGUUUUGUGGGUGUAUGGUGACAAAUUAAAACGGUAGACAAGAUAUUCUGUUCGUGGAAGAAUGUAGGGCUGGGUGAUAUAGCCUCAAAUCAAUAUCAUGAUAUAUUGAGCAGUUCACCCCGAUAACGAUAAAUAGACGAUAACUACUCCACAAGCUGCUCACCCCCUCCCACAUUAACUUUAUCUUCUUCAGCCGCCGCUCGAGCUGCUACAACUUUUGAACCGUCCUGGAUGGGGUGGAGUCAUGUCUCCGAUGUAGGACAGCAUCUUAAAGGGACAUGAGACCAUAGCCUACUUACACACAUCCAAAACCAACUUUUAUUUAUUUAUUUAUGUUUUUGACAAUGAAUACAUCGAUAUUGGCAAAAUGAUGUCAGUUACUAUCGUAAAUUUGGGUAUCGGUAAAUUUCUGGUUUAUCGCCCAGCCCUAUAAGAGCACUGACUACAUGAUGUUAAUUUUUGUCCAUAAUACGUUGUUGGGAACCUGAUAAUUCUCUGGAGUUGUAGUAAAUUAUUAAAAUGCCAAGUAGUAGUUUUAAGAAGUAUUUACCAUGUUGUGUUUGCAUUGAUGCUCGUUCAGAAAUGAAGUCCGUAUCAGUUGAGGAAAGUUCUUUAAAGUAAGUUGAAGCAGGAUACGUGUCGAUGAGAGCAUGAUUUUCAGCUCAAGAUUUUCAGGCAAUCCGUUAAAGAAGUUGUUGAGGUGUUUCAGACAAGACUGACGGACUAAUAAACCGACGAUACCACUAAUAAGCUAAUAUGCAAGCCACUGUUCUUUUUGUGUGUGUGUAGAUAGAGACCCCACCCAUUGAGCAAGUUUGUCCCACUAGUCCUCUCGUUGUUUCCAGCUCUGUCAGUUUUUCCACCACUCUGCACCAAGCAGCAGAUACUCAAACACAAACAGACAUGGAGUUCAUUUUCCAGCUCUAGCUCCUCUUUCCUGAGUCCAACUCUUCUGUUUCCUGCCCUCAUCCCUGCUCUCAUGUUGUCUCUUCUCUGCUCUUUCUAUUUUCACUGUGGCACACUGCCUGCCAUGUCUCUGUCUCUAUAUAUAAAGGUAUAAUAACCUGCUGCUGUGUGUAGCCUGUGCCGCUCACUGCUCGCCAGACCCUCAUAAAAAAUUAAGAAGUGAAAAUGCUGUUUCCGUGUGUGAGAGAGAUAAGAAAGAGAUACCCAAGUAGAAAUAUGGUCUGAACAACUUCCUGCUGACAGCGGUGUAUUUUGACAUCCACACACACAUGCACUACUCUCCUGUGCUUCAGGCAAUCUGUUGAGAUCUUGGUGUCACACUCUGUAAUGAGAUGAUAAACAUGUGCAUGACACACAUAUCGGGAACACAGAGAGGGAAAGAAAAUGCACAGAUAAUUGCAAAUACAAAGAAAUUAGGCGACUGGCCAGAUCUAAUGUGGGGAGAGAAGCUGUUCCAUAACUUGUGCCUCUUUUUAUAGCAGUCAAACACAAGCUGGAGUCACUGCAGAAACAGAGAGUCCAGAUCAACAUUCACAGGAUUAAUCACGAUGCAGAAAUAGAUUCGUCUCUCAGAGUCAUUUGAGCUCAGUAAAGAUUUAUCUUAGCUGAAACUCUAAGCUGUAAAAUGCUGAUUUAACCACAGGAGUUCACACCAAGACAGUAACAUUAAAACCUCAGAGCACAGCAGUGAUUGGAGGAAUUUCUCUGUCAGUCUUCAUCAGAUAAACGAUCAUCUCUUCGUCCACAAAGACACCUCUAAGAACAAAAUAAGGACUUCUUAGCUGUGUCAUUUUUUUAGUGUACGUCACUCCUCAGUGGCGUGAGAGUGUAAUGGAUUAUAGUCGUAACUGUAGAGGUUUGAAUUAGUGCUUGGUAACUUGCAAUGGCUUACUCAGCUUGGCACUUAGUUACUUCCACAGGCAGUGUCUGCCGCUAGUCCAGCUACACAGGUCAACAAAAUCCACUCUGGAAACGUUUUUGUGGUAAAGAAAAAAUAUAAAAAAUCUUCUGGUUUAUUUCUUGUAUCCAAGGAUCCACAAAAUUAUGAAGACUGGAGCUGACUAACACUAAUACACUUGGUGUAACUUUAACAGUAGCAGUAGCAGUAGCUGUAGCAGGUAAGAAAACCGUGUGCUUCUCCAGCUCCAAGCACCGACUGAAUCAUCUCUGUGUCCACCAAAACAGACGCACGUGCGGUCUUAAAGGGGAAGCAGCCCUGUUAUAAAAACAUUUACCAAAUCACAUGAAAGAUGAAUUUUAGCAUAUUUUCAACAUUUUGACCACAAUAUGAACUUAUAAAUGAAAUUAUGUAUCAUUAAAUCCUAUAUUUUUAUACUGUCAACUUAUUUAUCUUUUUUAACACAUUUCAAUCAUGUUAACUGUAUUCAUAACCAUGAACUAUUCUUCCGCCUCUACAUACCCGGCCCCUAAUUGCUUUCUAGGGCAGAAACAAUUACAACUUAUAAGAACAAUGUCCCUUUUCUUUUGUUUUGUAUAAUGUCUUUCUUCUGAGUAACACUCAGGCAAUUAACAGUCUCAAUCAGGUGAGUAACAGUCCUUCUCAUACUGCUUCUUGAAGUAAGCAGAGCUUAGUUAUUGGUCUCUCAAGCUCAUUAGUUUUUGUCUUGACUCGAACCUUGCGGACCAUUCCGUGCUCAUCCUCCAUAGUCUUGACGAUCCUUCCCAGCAGCCAUGAUCCCCUAGGUGCUGACUCAUCAACGAUCAAGACUACAUCUCCCGGGAUGAAGUUCCGUGAUGGAUGGUUCCAUUUCUGUCUUUUCUGGAGUAGAGGCAGGUACUCCCUAGUCCAGCGCUUCCAGAAUAGAUCACUCAUGUACUGGACUUGCCUCCAUCUUCUACGCACGUAGUUGUCAUCUUUUUGGAAGAGUCCCGGUGGUAAGUUGGGUUGAGUCUUUAGCAGCAGCAAGUGCUGAGGGGUGAGAGCUUCCAGAUCGUUUAUAUCAUUCGAAGGCAAAGUGAUAGGCCUACUGUUUAGAAUGGCCUCACAUUCACAGAAGAACGUUCGGAGAGCUUCUUCGUCCAAGUUUUGCUCUCUCAGGGUGGCGACCAUGAUCUUUCUGAUGGAACGGAUGAUCCUCUCCCACACCCCUCCGUGGUGUGAUCCGGAUGGAGGAUUAAAUAUCCAUUUGAUGUCACGUUGGAGCAAGCUGUUCUCAAUCUGUGAGGUAUUCCACUCCUUUAUGGCUUUUCUGAGCUCGCGGUCAGCUCCAACGAAGUUAGUCCCGUUAUCAGAUCGCAUUUCCUUCACUUGACCCCUCCUUGCGAUGAAGCGACGCAGAGCGUGAAUAAAGGAGUCUGUUUCCAGCGACGUAGCCAUUUCAAUGUGGACUGCACGGCUUGCGAGACAGGUAAAUAUGACCCCAUACCUCUUUACCAAUGAUCUUCCUCGUUUUACGCUGAAUGGUCCAAACAGAUCCACUCCACUUCUGGUAAAAGGUGGUUCGUCCGGAACAACUCUGUUUCUUGGUAAGUCCGCCAUAAUUUGUGUGCCUGAUGCACCAUGUUGUCUUCGACAGGUAGUGCAGCGAGACAGCAUUUUCCUGAUUGUUGAGGGGGCGUCGAUAAUCCAGUAUCUUUGGCGCACAUAAGACAAGACAUGAUUGCGUCCACUGUGUCCUAGCCGCUCAUGCGCAUCCUGGAAAAUCAGAUCAGCCACUCGAUGGUCUUUAGGCAGAAGCAUCAGAUGCUUGGCUUCGGCUGGCAUAGAUGCUCGACUGAGCCUCCCUCCAACACGAAGGAUUCCCUCUUGAAGUUGCGGAUUCAGUCUGAAGAUUCGGCUACUCUUCUUGACAGGCUCUUUUCUCUGCAGAGCAGCGAUUUCCUCUUGGAACUUCUUUUGUUGACAAUGGCGGAUGAUAUCCAGCUCAGCUUGUCGCAGAUCGUCAACAGUCAGGUAAGUCUGUUUGAGACUCCUCUUGUAGCGUGUCAUUUCUUUGUUCACUUGUUCUUGGUCCUUGUGUCGUUCAUUCAUUUCUUUCCUCUUCUUUGACAGGUUUACCAGGGCUCCUUUGAUUCGAAUGAACCACGCCACUGCCUUCUUUAGCCGUAUCCAGGAAGAGAAGUAUUCUGUUAUUUGUUGCAUUGCAUCAGUGGUUUCUUCUACUGUAGUAGCAUUAACGAGUAUGCUUUUCUUGACCUCAGGAUCUGUCACUGAAAGCUCCUCUAACUGCUCAGUCUUGUCUGGCCAUUCUUUUUCUGGUUUGCUGAGGAAGGCAGGCCCUGAGAUCCAUACUUCGUUCUGUGUGAAGACAUUUGCCUUUUGUCCCCUAGAAGCAUAAUCGGCUGGAUUUAAUCGUGAGCUGAUGUAGCUCCAUUGCUCCACUCUUGAUGCUUGUACGAUUGUAGCGACCCUGUUCGCCACAAAUGUCUUAAACCUGAUGCUCUUGUUUGCUAUGUAUUUGAGUACGGCGGUACUGUCCGUCCAGAACCUGGAAUCUGACAGCGGCAGCUGCAGCUCCUUCUUCAGCAAGGUGUCCACCUUCACAGCUAAGGUAGCUGCCGUAAGCUCCAGCCGUGGGAUUGUUGUGGGCUGGAGAGGAGCGACCCUUGCUUUUCCCAAGACGAAUGAGCAGUGUAUUUGGUUGCUGCUGUUCUUUUGCACGAGGUAAGUGACCGUACCAUAGCCUGUUUCGCUCGCGUCACUGAAGUGAUGCAGUCGAGCCUCCACUGUUUCUCCAAACUCAGGUGGCUUGAAGCACCGGUCCACUCCAACGUUGGUGAGCUGCUGAAGCUCUUCCAUCCACUUUGACCAUUGUUGUGCGAGAUGAUCUGGCACAGCAUCGUCCCAUCCUGUUCUCAGUCUGCACAGUUCCUGCAGGAUAUUUUUGGCAGACAGUAUGACUGGAGACAACAUCCCAAGUGGGUCGUAGACUGAGCUCAUCAUUGACAAGAUUCCCCUUCUGGUGAGAGGCUUCUGCUGAAUGUUCACGUGGAACUUGAACUUAUCCGACCGGAUACACCACUGUACUCCUAAAGCCUUCUCGAUGAGCGAAUCCUGGUCGAGGUCGAGAUCUUUGACCUCUGUUGCUCGGUCCUCUUGUGGAAUGCUUGACAACACGUCUGUGUUGUUGGUCAUCCAUUUCGUUAGUUUGAAUCCACCUGUUAGACAAAUGGCUUUCAGGUCUUUGUAAAGCUUGACUGCUUCUUGUUCAGAGGCAACUGACCUCAGGCAGUCGUCGACAUAGAAGUUACAUAACACUGUAUCCACAACUGCUUCAUCGAAACUGCUCCUGUUAUCCUCGGCACAUCUUCUCAAAGCAUAACUCGCGCAGCUUGGUGAGGAGGUGGCGCCAAACAAGUGGACCUCCAUCCUGUAUUCUUGCAGCUCUUGUGAGACGUCGCCGUCCGGCCACCACAGGAACCUGAGAAGGUCGGCGUCUUCUGGAGGGACCCUCACUUGGUGGAACAUUGAUUCCACGUCCGCCAUUACAGCGACUUGCUCUUGACGGAACCUUGUUAAAACACCAAUAAGACUACUUGUCAAGUCAGGCCCUUGUAGUAGUUGUUCGUUGAGUGUGGUUCCUUGGUAAGAAGCGCCACAAUCAAAUACCACUCGUAUUUUGUGCUUCUUAGGGUGGUAAACACCGUGGUGCGGGAUAAACCACACCUUUCCAUCACGCCGGUGUAAGUCUUUCUCUGGUACUUUUACAGCGUAGCCCUUGCUGAUCAUGUCGUUCAUGAAGCCGACGUAGUCCUCUUUGAACGUCUGGCUUUUCUGAAGCUUCUUCUUUAUGUUGAGCGCUCUUUGCUCUGCCACUGCUCUGUUCUUGGGCAUUUUUACAUCUUUGUUUUUCAACGGCAAACUGAUGGAGUAAUGGCCGUUGACCAGCUUGGCUGAUUCAGUGACUCUGUCCAUGAACAGCUGAUCUUCCUUGGACAUUUCCAACUGCUCUCCUUGAGCUUUCUCAGGAAAAUCACACUUGAAUUGCUGAGUCCACAAUUCUUCCAGACGAGCAACUGAAAUGCGAUUCAUUUUGAUCUCUGGGUAUCCAUGUUUUGUUCGAUUUUUGAUGUUUUCACGCAGUGGUCCGUUUACAGUCCAUCCCAGGGCUGUGCGUACUGCAUACGGCCCGUCUUUGACACUGCGGAUUACUUCUUCUGGUUCCAAGGCUUUUGCUACGUCCGUUCCGAUGAGAAGACUGAUAUCUGCGUUGAUAGAAGGGAUUCGUACACCUUGCAGAUGUGGCCAUUUAUCCACGUCUUCUUGAGUCGGAAUGUUCUCUUGACUCACAGGGAUAACCUUUUGUGUGAAAUCUCAAUCAGCUCAAUGAAGUCGUCACCUUCAAGGCUGCUAACUUCGAGGUCUGGUACAGCUUUGCAAGAAACUGCCUUUUGUUCUCCCAUGGUGGUGAGUAGGAUGUUCACAUUUUUUCCUUGCAGGUGAAGGUCGUUCGCUAGCUUGUUAGUGCAGAAGGAAGCGUUACUUCCUGGAUCCAGAAACGCAUAACAAGUCAGCUCCUCGCUCCCCUUCUUUGCCUUUACUCUCACAGGAACGAUGGCGAGGAUGCUAUCAGUACCCCCGGCCCCAGUCUGAGAGUUUGUGUCCCCUGCAUCCACAAAUCCGCUGACCACCUUUGGAGACUCGUUCUCAGGCUCCUCCCUUGAAGCCUCUUCCUUUGAUGAGUCUUUGGGUUUCUGUUUUAUGUGUAGGAGUGUGGGGUGUGUGGCUGAACAUAUCUGACAGCUCUUCUUUUCUUCACAGGCCUUACUCAUGUGACCUGCUGCCAGACAACUGAAGCAAAGUCCUUUGCCCUUUAGAAACUCCAACUUUUCUUUAUGCAACAUUUUUUGAAGUUUUUUGCAUUGUUCCAUGGUAUGGUCUCCCUGACAGAAGAUACAGGGUUUAUUAAAAGCUUUAUCUACAUUUGUUCUUUUUUCCUGAGUUUUCUUGUUUCCAUCUAUGACACGUUUCUCGGCUUUCUGUUCUUUUACUUCUGUUGCCAGAGUUGUGAUGCGUUUCUUUCCAUCUGACCUUUCUGUCUUGGUGUCUGUCUGACGUUUUGUUUGUCCUGGGAUUUCACCAAACACAGGGUGUGAUGCCAUUUCUGCCUGCGUGUUGAUGAACGAUACCACGUCUUUAAACUUAGUCCGGCGAUCCUGCCUUUUCUGAAUGUCUAUGGCGACACUCCUAAAUCUCUCUCUCAUCCUGUAGGGGAGCUUAGAGAUAAUGGUGCGCAUAUUAGCAGCAUUUUCCAUCUCAUCUAAGUACUCGAGGUCAGACAUUGCGUUGCUGCAACUUGUGAGAAAGAGGGCAUAUGACUCAAGUGCUUUGCUGUCUUCUGUUUUUAUGACAGGCCAGUUUAACGCCUUGUCCAGGUAAGCCAUGGAUAUCUUGUAUUUAUCUCCAAAGCGUUCUUUCAGAAGUCUCUUGGCUUCAGGAUAGCCCUGUUCUGGGUGCAUGUGAAAGCAACUGCGCACUAAGUCAUUAGGCUGUCCAGUAGUGUGUUGCUCUAAAUAGUAAAGACGAUCUUUGCUAUUUUCUGUCUUACUCUCCACGCUGUGUUCGAACGCUCUCAUGAAGAGGCGGUAUUCUAUUGGAUCACCUUUGAAAACUGGGAUGUUCUGAGGUGGCAAUGUAGAGAGCUUCUGUUGCUUUAUUAGGCUUUCUGUGAUGUCGUUUUGGCGUUGCAUGACAGUAACCAGUUUAUCUGCGCUCACAGAAUUGUCCAUUGCAUAAACAGGGGCUUGUAUCACACUGUCAUAUGAAUUUCCUCUUAUUGUGUGGAUAUGUUGACCACCACUGUCUGCUGCAACACUCCUAUUGACGUCUUGGUUCACUGGAGCAGACGUUAGUGCAGCCACCUUGCUUCCUUUUGAUCUGACAGACACUUCUGAGCCUUCAUAUUUCUGUAGCACAGCCAAUUGCGCAUCAGCUACAGCGAGCCCAGCUUGUAGCUCUAACUCUUCUUUUUCUGCCUUUAGCUGUAGCUGUAGCGAAAGCUCAUGUUUUUCCAAAGCCUGUUUUUUUCUCAAUGUAGCUGACUUGGCUAACAGAGCAGCUCUUCCUAGCUCCACCUUUAAGCGUUCAGAACGAACUGACGAUAUAGCUGAAGCAGCACUGACAGACUUGGAUUUUUUAGAUUUCUUGGAUGUGACUGACACACUGUCUUCAGGUCGAAUCUCAUCACUAACCUUUUUAGCUUCUUCUUGGCGUUGUUUAGCUGCCUCUAUCCAUGAAUUCACUUCUUGUAUGAAGUUAAUGUGCUCACUAUUUCUUGGCUCAAACCAACCCCUUUGGUCUGCUUUCAUGUUCUCUUCACAUCCUAUCUGGCAGAAUCGGUCUUUAACAUGCUCGUUUAUUUCACUGAAUUCUUUCAUCAGUCCAUUAUAGUUGGUUAACUUUUCUUUUCCGAUAGUUUGCACAUUGGCAUCAUCAUCCAUUAAAGCAUGCAACUCGUUCCUUUUCCCAGUAAGUUGGCCCAGUAUAGCUCUUCUUGAGGCUAUUUUUGUUUGCAGAUUAUGCUCCAAUGCUUUAAGUGUUGGUUUUACAACUCUCUUUACUUUUUCAUUUUCCUCUUCCUCUGUUAGUUCUACUGUCUCCUCUGUUUCUGCUCCUGCCAUGCUUACUUUGCAGUUGGUUGUUCCAGUAAUUACACAGAUCCCAUUUGCUAACCAACAGUCAAUGCAAACAGCAAGCGAGCCUCAGUGAGAUAGCUUCUCUCCACUUGCUAGCUAAGAUGUUAGCUUAUUACUCACGAGUCACUUGUUGCCUCAGUAGGCUAACUGAGGAUAUUCUUUCAGGUCCAUCUUUGAAUCUUGAAUGUGCUCCACUUUCCACAAACCUCUCCACAGGCUCCUUGUCCAAUGUCCAGCAGGUUUUCUUACUAAUGUAGAGGUUUGAAUUAGUGCUUGGUAACUUGCAAUGGCUUACUCAGCUUGGCACUUAGUUACUUCCACAGGCAGUGUCUGCCGCUAGUCCAGCUACACAGGUCAACAAAAUCCACUCUGGAAACGUUUUUGUGGUAAAGAAAAAAUAUAAAAAAUCUUCUGGUUUAUUUCUUGUAUCCAAGGAUCCACAAAAUUAUGAAGACUGGAGCUGACUAACACUAAUACACUUGGUGUAACUUUAACAGUAGCAGUAGCAGUAGCUGUAGCAGGUAAGAAAACCGUGUGCUUCUCCAGCUCCAAGCACCGACUGAAUCAUCUCUGUGUCCACCAAAACAGACGCACGUGCGGUCUUAAAGGGGAAGCAGCCCUGUUAUAAAAACAUUUACCAAAUCACAUGAAAGAUGAAUUUUAGCAUAUUUUCAACAUUUUGACCACAAUAUGAACUUAUAAAUGAAAUUAUGUAUCAUUAAAUCCUAUAUUUUUAUACUGUCAACUUAUUUAUCUUUUUUAACACAUUUCAAUCAUGUUAACUGUAUUCAUAACCAUGAACUAUUCUUCCGCCUCUACAGUAACCUUAAGAUGAUUCCUCCUGUCCUUGGUUUGCCCUCCUCCACUAUACCAUAUCUCUUCUUCCUCAGACUCAUUUACCUCUAAACUCUACACAUCAACCUUACUUCAAGCAUAUCCCUCUCCUUCUUCUCUCUCCGUCCUUCUUUCUUCCACCCUCUGGUCCAUGAGCUCAGCCGCUGUGAUUGACACAUGCAAAUUAAAUAAUCUCCUCUCCGACUGCACGGGUUGGCAUGUCUUUUACAAUGCAUGCCAGGACUUCUCCUGGCUGCUGUUGGAUCUUCUUGUGCUGUUUUGGAGGGACUCCUUUGGGGAUUCUCUGCACACAAAGAUAUUUGUUUUCUAAAAUAACAACUCGCGGUUAAGAAAGAAAUGGAAAAUGUAGAGUGGGAAGAGGGGAAAAAACAGCAAAGAGUGUAUGAGUGGAAUAACAACUGAGAGCUGACCUCAGAGUAAAUUUUUCUGUUAAGAUUACCACCAUUAGUUCCAGAUAACAACAGUGUAAAAACCAAGAGAAGUCCAAAUAAUCUUCCAAAUGUUAUAAAAGCUCGAAGCCUUCUCAAACUCUGGGUGUACAGUUCAUAUUACCGGUAAAAACUAUACUAAAAACUAUACCUGAUAUUACAAACCUUACUCACUCUGCUGCUGAGAGAAAAGAUGCCCCAUUCCAGUUUGCACAUGAAGCUUUUCACACAGAGGACAAUCAUACUCUUUAUCCUCAAUAUGCUCACCAUGCACAAACAUCUGGAGAUGCCUGAGGCCCCUGCACAGCUUUUGUUUGCACAUUUUUUUCUACCUCUAAUAGCAUCUCUUCAGACGGGGGAAUAUACACCACGAGUCCUAUUUGGAAAGUAUUUAUUUCUUCAGGGGGAUCUAGGUGAUUUAAUCUUGAAUAUUACAUGAGCUACAGGGUCAUUCUAAUACAGUAUGGAGCGAAUAAGUAUGUGCAGAUUUUUUCUGUCCUUUUGCUGCAGUAAUAAGAACAAUCUCUCUGCUUUCUGUUUCAGCAGCACAAGUGUUUAUCCUCCCAUACUUUUAGAAGACAUAAGAAAAGUGAUGCACGGCUUUUUUUCUGCCUUGACCUCCCAGUGCCCCUCUAUCUCUGACACCUUUUUGGUUCAAACUCAAGCUGAGCCUUUCAUCUGCCUCGUAUGAAGGAGUUGAAAGCGUGAAAUGCAUGCCCUUGUAAGACAGUUUGAAGUUCUGAGUUUACGCUCUGAAAACCACAGACGUACGUGACACAACAUUAAGCCGGUCUCUGUUUGACUUUUGUUUUCUUCCAUUGCUUCUGCUGAACUUUACACCUCACAACAUUCAAACUUCUCCACCCACGCCUUGCUGCUACAGCCUUACCUUAAGCCACUUUGAUAUUUAACAGAAACAGUGUAAGUUUUUCUGGAAGAGAACUACUUUUUAUUCAUGAUGUGCGUCUACAUCAGAGGUCAAAGUUAUCGGAGAGUUGAUCAUACAAGGAGCACGGUGAAAAGAUGAAUUUAAGAGAAUUAAAGAAACCUAGGAGACGAGUCAAGUAGGGCUGUGUGAUAUGGCCUUAAAUCAGUAUCAUGAUAUAUUGAGCAGUUCACCCUGAUAACGAUAAAUGUACAAUAACUACUCCACAAGCUGCUCAACCCCUCCCACAUUAACGAUGUAGGACAGUGUCUUAAAGAGACAUGAGACCAUAGCCUACCUACACACAUCCAAACCAACUUUACUCUGUUUAUUUUAUUGUCACCGAAUAUAUUGACAUGGGUAAUAUGACGUUGGUUAUUGUCGUUAAUUUUGGUAUUGGUAAAUUUCUGGUUUAUCUCCCAGCCCUACAGUCAGUCCUUUCUUUUGCCCUCACUCAUGGACAGCUGUGUGAAGUGAUCAUGAUUGUUUUUGCUUCUGUAAGAAUUAAUCAGCACUGCCACUCACACUUAGUUCUCACGCUGAAGACAUCUUGAUAAAAGUGCACCUAUUUUGCAUCUUACUGAUGCCUCUAAUGUGACUCUGUGAUGUUUUAAGAAGAUGAUAAUGUCAUGUGUUGUCUGGUUUUAUCAUCAUUCCCAGGCUGCCCUCUCCCCCUCUCUGUUCUGCAUCUUCUCCCCGUCAGUUCAGUCUCCUGUCUUGUCACCAAGGUCAAAGUGCUCUGUUCCUGUUUCAUUACAGUGGACAUUAUUCUCUCUGACUGAUGCCUGACUCUGUCUCUCUCUCUCUUCUUCACAGACUGGUCCUCUCGUCCGUGUCUGAUUACUUUGCAGCCAUGUUUACUAGUGAUGUCAGGGAGGCCAAGCAGGAUGAGGUGAAGAUGGAAGGAGUUGACCCUGAUGCAUUGUGGGUUCUGGUGCAGUAUGCAUACACAGGUACACACACUCAAAUCAGACUUAUUGGAAAAAGAUGAAGCUUCUGUCUUUCUCUAAAGAAGUUCACACACCUCAGUGUUCUGCACUGUCAGAUGGCCUUCAUCAGAGUCUGACACGUUUCACCUCUUCCUGUUUCAACUGAGGCAAAAUUGUUUGUUUCCAUCUCUGGCUGAUCUUGAGGGUCAGAAAAUGAUUACAGUCACUGAGCACAGAUGUGAGGGCACCCUGAGGGGCCACACGACCCCAACCAUCUCUGAAAGGGUAAUCCAGGCAACACCAGCUGAGCUAGUGGGUGCAUCUUGAUUACCACAACGCCCAGCUGUUUAUCUGUUGAUCUUAUGAUGGAAAUAUAAAUUAAUUAGCAUUUUUGAAAAUUAACUUUAUCAGUGAAAGCAAAAUAGUAAAGGAUUAAAAGACAGUAGGGUGUGUGUGUUUUUUUAAUGUUUAUCAUGCUUUUAAUUACACUGGUUAAACAGGAAAAAUAUAGCCGGUCAUGGUGUUAUCUUGUUAUCUUAUCUUUUUUUUUUGGUCUUGUUUGCCUCGUCUCACCUUGCUGUGUCUUGUUUUUUGUCACUGUUGUCUAUUGUCAGUGUGUUCUUUUGACCAUUUCUGUUGGAUUCUUGUGUAUUAUGGGUUGUGCAAUGUGUGUAUGUGCAAUGUGCGUGGGUUGUGUGACUGUGUCUUUGUUAGGUCUAGUACUUCGUGUCAUCAGUUGGCAGCUUUAUCUGAGCAGCUCUUGGAGUGCAAGACAAAUUUCCCUUAGGGGACAACAAAGUGUAUCGUAUCGUAUCGAUUGUAUCGUAUCGUAUCGUAUCGUAUUGUAUUGUAUUGUAUCGUAUUGUAUCGUAUUGUAUCGUAUCGAUUGUAUCGUAUCGUAUCGUAUCGUAUCGAUUGUAUCGUAUCGUAUCAUAGGAAAGGCGUUGGAAGGUAUGAUUGACUUUCAGUGGGUUUUGGUCGAGCAGUAAAAAUUAAAACAAAAUUUUCAGCUAGCCAACUACAGAAGUGAAUAGAUUCAUCUUGGUCUUAAUGAUCAGUACUGCUACAAAUAAUUGACUUUCUCCACAGUUUCUUUGAAUUAAUGGGAGUGUUAGGACAAUACAUCUUGACCGUUGUAAAAUAAGCGUUUCAUCUGUCUUUUUUUAAUUCUGUCCGACUGUCUGUCUUCUUGUUCAGGACGUCUGGAGUUGAGGGAGGACACCAUUGAGUCACUGCUGUCUGCAUCUUGCCUGCUCCAGUUGUCGUCUGUGGUCCAGGCCUGCUGCUCGUUCCUCAUGAAGCAGCUCCACCCCUCAAACUGUCUAGGUAUCCGCUCCUACGCUGACGCCCAGGGCUGCCAUGACCUGCAGAGGGCAGCUCAUGCCUACACCAUGGUGGGUACAUCUUUAAUUACUGUUAAGUAGAUUAAAAAAAAAAACACAUCAUCUGAGGAAAUUUCUUAAAAGAUGAUGUGAAUUCAGGUUCAGGUGAAGUUCACAGUCCUUCACAAUCAGUAGGACAAAACAGGCCUGUUUAUCCUCUUCUUCUCCUUCUUUGUCCACGUUCCCAAAUCUAACUUUGGUCAUUUUCCAGUCCCGAUUCUUGUUACUAAAUUGGUCCCUCUUUCUCAUCUCACCACACACCUUAUCACAAUGGUAGCUUUCAGCCCAGUGUUGCUAUGGUGACUGUGAAAAAGGUCCUCUAUCACAUUCAUUAUUCCUUUUCUUUUUCUUAUAUCCUGUCUGCCUUAUGAGUCUUUUUAUUUUCACCGCGCGUCUCUUGUGCAACUGUCUCCGUCAGUGUCAGCAAUCCUCUUUUUCCUCCCCUCACUUCUGCGUGUCUCUCUACGUGGAUUAUUGUUCCACUGUAAUCUGGGGUAAUUAGGUCGUUGAAGCUUUUUUAUUAGGGUGUGACUGUCUGCCUGUGUCUGUAAUUCUCUCACAGACACAGGCAGACACUCUUGGUGUAUUAUCAUUAAAGCCAAUACGCAGGAGCUUCAAAACUGAAUGGGUAGGGACUGUAGGAUAUAUUAGUGUAUUAAUCUGAAAUAAAUAGGGUUGUUUGUUGCAGUCUUACUUCUCUCAGGACUCCUUCUUGUCGUCUGCAACAAUUAUUCCAACAAUUUCUCUCCCUCUUUCUUGUGUUGAGCUUUUCAUCCAUCUUCCCCUGACCUUUCUCAAGCCUUCAUUUCCUUCCUUUCAUUCUCUCACCUCCCAACCCCUCAUUCCUUUCCACCCUCCUCUCAUAGCUUCCAAUUGCUUUUUCCUCCCCUCAUUCCUCUUUUUUCAUCAGCUCAUUAUUCAUUCACCCAUUAAUCUUUUGAGUCCUCUCUGCCUCUUAUCUUCUGUUAUUCAUCUUUUUAUUUUUCUGUCCACCAGGAACACUUCCUCGAUGUUGUUGGAGGCCAGGAGUUCCUGCUGCUCCCAGUGGAGGAGAUGGAGAGACUGCUAACAUCUGAAGAUGUCAAUGUGCCUGAUGAGGAAACUGUGGUAACCUCUCUGCUAACCUGGGUCGAACAUGACACAGCCACACGACAACAUCACCUACCCAGGCUGAUGGGUCACAUUCGACUGCCUCUCCUACAGCCGCAGGUGAGAGCUGCAUUAUGGGUGUGCUAUCAUAGCUGUGACAUUUGAAGCAUCUCUGAUCAGCAUUUAAGUGGAUGAAAAACCAGUGAGGUGGAAACUGUGUAAUUAAUGAUUGAUACACAGGAUCGCUUUAGUUUUAUUUAGCUGAACAUCAAUGUUAUUCAGCUCUUGAUUCUUUGAUUUUACGGUAUCCCUUCCUCGCUGCACCAAUAGCAGGCACACACACUUAACACUUAAGCGGAGUUGGACACAUUAGAGCAUUUAGCAACAAAGGAGCAAGGUCUUGGCCUGUACCAACCCUCAGGAGUCAGAGCUAAAUAAAUAUGAAUAUUAGUAUUUUACUCAUCCAAUAACCAGAAAUACAACUACAAAUUAUGAUUUUUUUCCCUCUCAUACAAUACCAUAUUUUAAACUGUUAUUCAUUUUUUCCAUUUUUUCUUAGUCACACUCAGUGGCAUCUUUUUACAGGCCCAAAGUAGCCCACAGUGGAACUACUGACAGGGAAGGAAAUCCUCAUAGAACAGAAAGAGGCUGUUUUUAUUUGUCCUUUUUUAACAUUUCCUUCCCCAAAGAAAUAAGCUAAAGUUAUGGAGUAAACAUGUUGCUGCAGUUUGCUCCUAUUUGAAAAGUCCCUCUGUCCAAAAGCACAACAGGCCCAAUAUUGUAGAUAAAUCACCGGACAGUCUGGGUUUAACACCCUGUAUGUGUGCUUCAGUAACAAUUCACUCUGUGUGGAAAAUAAAACAUUUUACUCUGCUUAUGAGCAAUUUUUUUUAGUCAUAAUAUCAACAAACGUAUUUGCAUAGAAGGGGGCAAUUUUGAACCAAAUGCGUUCAUCCUGCCUGAUUUAAAUAUGUGUAAAUAGCCCUUUAAUACCGUAGCUUCUUGCUUGACAGUUACAUGUGCAUUUCACCCCUUGCAGAUGCUUCGGUAUUUACAUUCUCUUUUCAUCUUAUUUGUGAAGGUUCAGUGCCUGUAGAAGUUUCAAUACUAUUUUUUGUAAAUUGGACCCUGAGAUUUAGAAACUAAUAAUAUGGAUCAAACCUGCCAUUGCCAAAAAAGAAAAGAAAAGAGCCUGACUUUAUUUCUGAAUUUCUCCUUUAUUUGUCACUUUUUCUAUCCCUCUCCUGUUGUCUUCUUGUCUCUCUCAGGCGCUUAAAUCACUUAAAUUGGUACUAAUGAAUAUAUAUACUGCCAUUAAGCUAACAUUGAGAAAUAAUCUACAUUUAUAUAAACUACUUUUUAAUGAAGCUGUUGUCCAAAAUUGUGUGUAAAGCUUUGCAACCAAACAAAGCCUCAGUUUGUCUCAGUGCCUCCCUGAUGAUUUGCCGCUCUUUUCUACUAUCUGUCUUCUUUAGGCAAUUAGAGAGACCAAUACUAUUAGACUAACAGUUUAUCCCAGUCAUUACUCUAUCAGCUGUGUGAGCGUUAUUCGUAUCUGUGUGCUUAUAUUUGUAUACAUCUAUUCAGGAUGUUUUAUGUGGCUCCCAUACUCCCUCCACUCCUCCGCUCCUCUUUCUAGCUUAUCAAGUUAUGUGAUGCUGAGAAAUUAAUAUACCAGGCAUGAGCUCAAUUUCUGCCUUAGGCUUUCAAUGCACCCCCUCCACUCACACAUACACACACACACAUUCUUUUUAAACCUUAAUUAAGUGUGAAAUCCCCCUUAAAUGCAGCUAAAUUAUCUGUUCUCCUCAUCUCCCUCAUCAGUCUUCUCCUCCACCACAUAUAUAAAGCCGCCGUAGAGAUAAAACUCACCCUUCUCUCCGUGUCCUCUUUCCAUCUUCUCCGCCUGCAUCCACUCAUCUCCCAGGUCGUUCACACGUGCAAUUUACAGAUAUAUGACUCUGUCCUGUCGAGCUGAAAUCACAAUAAGCUGUAGCAUGUAAUCAGGGGGAAAGAUGGAUGACAGAGAGGUGAAGCGGUUGAACAAGAGGAGAGAGAGUAUCUGCAGGACACACACAGAGCCGGAGUGAGAUCUAGGCUUUAACAGCUAAACGCCAACCACCACCACCACCACAAUGUGACCAUGAUAAAUGAAUCAACAGCAAGCGCCCCAUGAGCUGUAAAAUGCCAAUAAAACAGCAUAUAAACCUCACACAGACAGCCAAUCAAUAUUUAUCAACCAAUUAGUCAGUGCUCUAUCUAGGCCGCUGUGAGAUUUCUCAUCAAGAGGGAUGUCAGUGCCUCAAAUUAAUACCUUUAAUCCCUUCUCUCUGUUACACACACUAACUCUCAAACACAUGGUUUAAUCUUCUCUGCGGAGCAUCUGUUGGCUGUUCACCAGGCAGUAAACAUGUGUGGGUGUCUUCAUCAACAAUGAUCACACUUUCAUCGCUUGAUUAAUCUCUUAAGUAUCUAUUUUGUCUAUAAAAUCGAGGACAUUUCCUGAUCCUAACAUUAUUUUUUUUUGCUUGAAUAUUUUCUUUACGGUUUGUUUUUGGGGCAUUUAUGUCUUAAUUAAAUAUGACAGCUGAGGAGAGACAGGAAAUGCAGCGUAUAGAGAGCGGAGGAAGACAUUGAAUGAAGGGGACUGUAGCCUCACAUUGGCACCUGUGGGUUUAUUGGUUUUGAAAUAAGGUGUUUUUGGGGUCAAAGGUGGGGAAUUGCUUUCUUUGAGGACGCAGAGAGGAUUUGGGCCUUAGACCAGUAAAAACCUGGUCUUUAGUUUAGAGUCCUUGGCACAGUACUUUCCUGAUAUUUAGUAAGUGUAUAGAUGAGAUAGUAAGGUGUGCUUAAGGACUUGCAACUCACAUUUCUCUGCUUGUUACAUAGAGACACAUAUAUUAGUGCUCCCACUCCUUAUCGAACAUCUAUGUUUUUGAUCUAUGUGAGUAAAGGCUGAUGAGAACACUGGUUUCUACGGGGUCUAGAAAAAAAGUUAGAAGGUUUCAGAAAUCAAAGAGUUCCAUUCUUUGUGAGAAGUGGUUUGGGGUUUCAGAAAUGAUGUCAAGUGUAGGCAGAGAGGUGUCAGUUGAAGGCUCAGUCGCCACUCUAUGGUGGUGCAAAUGAAAAGUAAGGAGACCGAGGAUCAGUAUGCUUUGUCUUCUGCGGAUCAUGUGACGAAGUCAUCAAUGUCAAAGGCUUAGAUGAAAAAAACUCAAAUAUUACACAAUAUUGUGAUCGUACCAAAUAGGGCUGGGCGAUAAACCGAAAAUCUACAGAUAUCGAAUUUUAAUUUUGCCCAUAUUGGUUUAUUCAGUGUCAAAAAAUGAAUAAAUAAAAGUUGGUUUUGGAUGUGUGUAGGUAGGCUAUGGUCUCAUGUCCCUUUAAGACGCUGUUCUAUGUCAGAGACGUGACUCCACCUCAUCCAGUCCGUAACAAAGAGGGAAAGACAGGUGAGGAGAUGGAGGACGGUUCAAAAGUUGUAGCAGCUGAAGUAGACAAAGUUAAUGUAGGAGGAGGUGAGCAGCUUGUGGAGUAGUUAUCGUCCAUUUAUCAUUAUGGAGGUGAACUGAUCAAUAUAUCAUGAUAUUGAUUUGAGGCACUAUCGCCCAGCCCUAUACCUGCUGUAUAUAUCACAAUGAAUUUUCCAUUCAUGCUAAUCAACUGAUGAACAAAUUUAACUCUGUUUUUAUGCAUGGAUUGAGAAUGAUUGGUGCUAGACCAGGUCUUUUGAGAGAAACUACAGGGGAAUGGAGCAUAAACACACAUAGCUGGGAGAUUUGUCCUAUUGUAUGUGCAGGAGUGUGCCUCUGUGUGUGUAAUAAGCGGUCCUUUUUGGUCCAAACAGAGAAAGAGAAGUACUCCUUCCUCCCUUCCUGCUGUAAAGUAAAGAGAGGACAGAGAGGGUGAGUUAGAGCGUCUGCAGGAUGCGGUCUUAUCUUGCCGUCCAUGUUCAGUCUCCUCUCAGUGUGAUGAAUAAAUAGCACAGCAGAGGACAAACCCCAUAUUGUCUCUCUGUCCUUCUUUAUCACUUGCACACACAAAUAAAAGCCAAAAUAGGGUUCACUCUAAUUUGUCCCUCUGGGCUUGUGUGCAAUAGAAGUGUGUGUUCACCCUGGUGUGUAAGCUGCUUAUCCAUUUAGCACGCUUGCUUUACGCUCGACACGUCUGGCUGAGAAAAUUAAUUUCAUAUUCAGUGACCAAAUGGAAUUAUUCAGGCUGAAUCUGUCUUCACGUGGUGGAAUUAUGGAGGAAAAGGAGGGUGUAAAAUAAUUUAUCUUUUUUUUCCUUUUCCUCAAUUCUCUCUUCCAUCUUUUUUUUGUCUGCCUGUGUCUCUAACUUCUACUCUGGUUGAAUCUUGACAGUCAUAAAUUUCAGAGUUCACUCUGACUUAGUUCAGCAAACAUACACACACGUGUUUGAGCAAGUAUACGUACACUCAGUCUGGAAACUUUAAAUUACUUUUAUUAAAAAAAAUGCUUCCCUCUGCAGCCGUUUAUUAACACACACACACACAUAUAUAUAUAUAUAUAUAAACACACACACAUCUAUCUAAAUGUAAAUCAUGUCAUUCUUGCCUUCAGGGAAAACUUGCCUCUCACCAGCCUGCCGCUCUCUCAGGCAGUGAUUUCCUGUGAAUGUAUUUUAAGGAACAGACUGGUGGAUUGAAGUGCUUCAUACUGCAGCCUCAGGCUGUUUCUGUGUGUGUGUGUGUGUGUGUGUGUGUGUGUGUGUGUGUGUGUGUGUGUGUGUGUGUGUGUGUGUGUGUGUGUGUGUCUGUGCGGUGAAAGAUGAGGUUAGAGGAUACAGGCUAAGUUGAUGAGAUGCUGAGGACAGAUUAGUGGUCUAGUGUGUCUGAUGAUCAGUGUGUGCGUGCUCCUCUCUAUGAGUGUGUGUAAUACUAAUGACUGCUGCUCUGGUCUGAUCUAAUCUCUCAAUCAAUGAGAGAUCAGCUUUGUUCCGACCCUCAGACCUCCUCAAUCAGUGAUAACAUCCUAACACACAGGCCUACACUUGGAAUAGACACACACACAUCAACAUCUACACACGGACCAGCCCUGUAUUUGUUUCUACUGCCUGUUGACUUGAUUGUGUUAUCUUUUAUGCCUGUAGUUCCUGGCAGACCUGGAGUCUAACCCUCUGCUGCAGGAUAGUAUUGAGUGCCAGCGGCUGCUGAUGGAGGGGAUGAAGUAUCACCUCCUGCCCCAGCGUCGGCCCCUGCUUCAGAGCCCUCGCACCCGGCCACGCAAAGCCACUGUAGGGGCCAUGUUUGCUGUGGGGGGCAUGGACGCUACGAAAGGUAGAACAAUUGUACACAACCCACACAGCCAAACGUUUCAUUCUUUAAGUGUAUCAACUGGUUGUUUUGGAGUAAGUUCUAUAGCUACUUCCAUUAAUUUAGUGACACUUCAACCUUUUAUAGGAUGGUUCUUGAUACAGAGUUUAACAGAAAUAUUAGGGAGGAGUGGGCUCAGGGGCAGAGACAUGGUUAGAAGUUUGGUUAUAGAAUAGUAUCUUUGUUUAUAUGUUGAUCUAAUGUAUUUAAUGCACAUGUUCUUUUUUAGUCAUUACAAUUGUAGUCAGAUACUUUGCUCAUUCAUUUCUCUAGUCCAGUACAUUGGAGAGGAAUCAGUGCAUCAAUAAUUAAAAAAAAAUAAAUGUGUUUUCCAAGUAUUUAGUAGUUUUUGUGCAGAGAAUCAGGGCACUGUUUAGUAACUACCAAAAAACCUGGGAUUUGUUUAACACCUGCAAGAUUUUUAUGACUUCCUUUGACUCCUACGAUGAUCAAAGAAAUAUCUUUGCAUUUUGAAUUACUAGAUGGAAAAAAAAAACAUUUCAGUCUCUUAAUUUUCAGCUCAGGAUUUCUGUGGUUUGUCUCAGACAUUUUAAACAACCAGUGCUCUGAGAAAACAGUGAUGAGUGAAACUGAGAUUGAUUUUUGGCAGAGUGAUGAUUCAGCAUGUCGUGUAAAAGAAGAUAAAAAAACUUUUUCUGAGUUACUUUUUGAUGAUUUAACUGUAUAAUAAUAAUUAUUAGAGCUUUAUCUCUCAAUUUUAAAGAUGUAGCUCAUAAUGGACAGCUCAGUGACCAAUGAGAGCUUUCACACAAAUGUCAACAUAGUCUUGUUUUGUUAAUAAUAGGCCUGUAAUCUUAACCAGAGUAUCCCUUUCAAAUUUGUCACUGUAAAUGUAGGAACCAAAGAAAAAUGUCAAAUGUAGCCCCAGGAACCAGCUUUAACCCUUUUGUAUUGUUUUGUGUGAAGGAGCAACCAGUAUCGAGCAGUACUGUCUGCGUCGGGACACGUGGAGACAGGUGGCCACCAUGAGUGGACGCAGACUUCAGUUUGGUGUAGCUGUCCUUGACGGCCGUCUUUAUGUGGUGGGUGGCCGAGAUGGACUUAAAACCCUCAACACUGUGGAGUGUUACAACCCUCACAGCAAGACCUGGAGCGUCAUGCCUCCCAUGUCCACACACAGGCACGGAUUAGGUAAGGAUGAGGUUUGAAUGAAUGUGACAAAGUUGAAGCUGCUGAGAUUUUCGAUCUCUCAAAGAAAAUCUGUGAUGAUCGAAGCUUUUAUUUUCUAAUUUUUAUCAUGUUUUAUUUUUACUAUUCAGUGAAAACAAAUAAUGGUCACAGCGAGGUCAAAGGUCAAAAACAUUUCAACAACAGUACCUUCACAGUAAGUGAUCUAAGAGCACUUAAAGUGGGUGAACUAACCAUUUGAAGGACAGUCUCUCCAAUAACAAAAGGCGGGAUGUACCGUCCUGGUGUGCCAUUGUUUUAUAAAAUCUGUGCAUGAGUGUGAGGGCAGGGGAAUAUUCAUACACAUCUGGCAGUGCAGAUGUUCUGGCAGAUGAACCUCACCAGUAUGAAGGUGUCAACAUGUUGCUAACGCUGGCUGCCUGAAGCCCAGCGUGUGGUUGCCCACACACAACGAACUCACUCUGUUAUCCUGAGCGUAUUUGGUUGCCUGUCCAGGCUGAUUGUGUUUUGGUGAGUUGCCAUUGUUUAAUCACGCAUGUUCGGUGUGUGUGUGUGUGUGUUGCAGGCGUUGCUGUUCUGGAGGGGCCAAUGUACGCUGUAGGGGGACAUGAUGGCUGGAGCUACCUCAGCACAGUGGAAAGGUGCAGAGAAAUCUCACAGCUGCUUACAGAAUUAAAUCACCCAAUUAAAAACUAAAUGUUUAUUUUUCACCUUCCUCUGAUGGUAAUCUGUACAGACAGCUACAGUAUUGUUUAUCUAGAUUUCAGCAUAUGUUCUCUUACCAGUGGCGAUUGCUCUAAGACUGCAAGGGAAGCUCGGCUUCCCUUAAAAUGUCACCCCCCCCAAAAAAGAAAAAGUGGUGAAAUACGUACGGCUGUGUGUACAUUCAUUAACUAAAUACGCACUAGAAAGCCUUCAUCUUUUGUUCAGACACUGUGAUAAGAAGCUGAUAAUCACAGGUAACCGGCAUAACUUCGUUCUCAUUCAUCCUCGCAGCGCCUCAGCGCUUCAAACAGCCGGACGCUGGGCUUCUGCUGACUUCAAUGUGGAAGCUUAAAGUGGGUUGUUCCAGCAGCGAAACUAGACGCUCAUUGGAUAAAUGCUGGGCUUUGUCCCGCCCAAUGGAAGCUUAGCUUCACUGGAGUUCUAUGGCGAGAGGGCGGUCCCGACUUUCUCCCGGACUGCAAGCUUCUGCAUCCAUGAUUGGAUGAGCUGUCUGAGGAGAAAUCCUUUUUUGAUUGACAGCUAAACAAGCGAAUCAGCGAUCUUGAAGAAUAAAACAUCUACCAGAGCAUUUUCCAAGUCAUUCAUUCCGUUGUUCUUAACUGCUCCGGAGACUUUAUCGAUCCUCAGCGACUUCUGUCUUUAUUAAAAACGACUGCCGUUGUGUCUGGCGACUCUGUUCUGUUACAUACUAAUAAACAAAUACAAUUAUGAUGUAGGCCAGAAAAAUGAGCUUCCCCUCCUUGAAAGACCAGCAGCCGCCACUGUCUCUUACAUAUGAAUAUGUCUUCAUAAUACAGUCAUACACUUCAAAUGAAAACUGUACGGUCAUGUCAAGGGUUUAGAUAGAUAUUCAAAGAUGUUUGAAGUGGAAAUACGAUGUUUCACCCUUACUUCUCAUUUGGGGAUUUUUAGGGGCUACUGUUAGAUGUGUUUUGUUUCAAGGGAUACUCCGGCAUAAAAUUAACUUCAAACACACCGUAACACCGAGUUAGACACCCCCUUGAGAAAUUAAUGUUGCCGACUGCUUGCUUCUCUAGUUAUACCGGCUUUAGUAACGGCUGCGCGAUAGAAAUACACAGUGGUCUAUCACUCCAUGCACACACCGCAACCAAAACACCCCUCUGUAGCCACAAGUAAUGCUCAGAACAGCACCUAACUUCAUCAACAGGACAUAUAGGGUCACAGACAUAGUACUAGACACCAAACAUCUUUUUAACUUUGACUCAUUUCUUUAGUAAAGAGACUAAAUACAACUCACCUACUCUCCUACAGCAGCCGCCUGUUGGUGGAGGGAGUCGAACACUGAGUGCAGCGGAGUUUCGCAGCUCAAGGAAGAACAUAUAUAAUUAUUCCUUAUGGAAAUGCAAUCAGACCAAGAUGCUAAGGCAGACAAACUACCACGUCUGGAGUGCAAAAUGAUUAUUACAAUGAUUAUUAAUUCAAGGGAAUGAUCCGCUGCACUUGGUAAUCAACUCGACAGGGCUCCCCCCCACAAACAAGCGGCUGCUGGAAGAGAGUAGGUGAGUUGUGUUUAGUCUCUUUGGAAAAAAUGUUUGGUGUCUAGUACUACGGCUGUGACCCUAUAUGUCCUGUUGAUGAAGUUAGGUGCUGUUCUGAGCAUUAUUUGUGGCUAUAGAGUGGCGUUUUGGUUGAGGUUUUGUGUGUGGUGACAAAGACCACUGUGUAUUGCUAUUGUGUGGUUGUUACAAAAGUUGGUAUUACUAGAGAAAAAGGCAGUCGGCGACAUUCAUCUCUCGAGGGGGUGUGUAAUUCGAUGUUACAGUGUGUUUGACCUUUACUUAAAUUUACGCCGGAAUGUCCCUUUAAUGUAAGAAUUGUAUUAACCUCAUUGACUCAAAGGUGGGACCCCCAAGCUCGCCAGUGGAGCUUUGUUGCAAGUAUGGCAACGCCCAGAAGCACAGUUGGAGUCGCUGUACUCAAUGGCAAGUAAGUAACCCCAUAAAUAAGUGUUUUUACUCUACUUGUAAUAUUCAACCAUUCACACCACAUCCAUAAAUUCAUGGCAGAGGAUACUGGAGUUAAUACUGAAUUAAUAGCAUUACUAUAAAAGUCAGUCUGACGAAAAAGAGCCCAAGUAUUAUUGUUUGAUAUAUCGUUCACAUUCUCAGUUAGUUACAAACUAAAUACCUCAGUGUGUUUUAUUAAAAUACUCUGUUAAUAUACAGUAACUAUAUUCAUACAAGUAUUUCUUUUUAAUCUGACAUGUUGCUGCUUGCUCGGACAAUCUAUUUUUUUGAGUGAAAAUGAUUUUUCUGUAACUUUUCGUCGAAAUGCCUCCUCUCCUGCUCAGACACGCUGCAACAUGAAGCAAUAACAGAAAAGGUUAACAAUACUCACAGUCAGCAGCUCACACAAAAACACAUCCACACUGUCACUUAGUCACUACUGCACACAUUAAUAAUGGCAUUUCAUAAGUUCAAGCCUUGACAUUCAUGACUUGGCUCAGAAUUUAUUAGAACUGCAGUAUUUCAAUAUCGUUGUGAUGCACACAAUAUUUAGUGCCUCAGACUGAAGAGGCAAUAUAGAUGCUAAUUAAUACACAAGCAACUGAGUCUGCUGGGCAUGCCUGGAAGAAGUGUGUUUGUCUGUGUUUGUGUUUGUGUGUGUGUGUGUGUGUGUGUGUGUGUGUGUGUGUGUGUGUGUGUGUGUGGCCCCUGGUGAGGGGUAUGAGUAUGUGCUGUGUAUCCUCUGGGCUCUUUGCCUGAUGGAGCUCAUUACUUGCUUGACUAGUUCUGAUGCACUCCUUUCUUUGCCUGUCCGUGUAUUCUGAGAGACACACACACACACACACACACACACAUGCACACACACACGUCGAGUGACCGCUCGGGGUUGUGAUGCCCUGUGAAGGCUGACUGAUUGAUUUUGCUCACCUCAUAUUGUCCCUAAGUUCUACACACCACAAGCACAUAAACAAACCCUCACACCAUCUGUUUUAUUGUCACUUAAUUGGAGAGGGACUUCCUGAUCCAGAAAUGUGUGCGGUUUUUUGUGUGUAGCAGAUGUUAGGCAUUUAGUGUGUGAGUCCACAGGGAUAACACUAUCUUGUCUUCCUCAGGUUAUACGCAGUAGGAGGUCGUGAUGGCUCGUCCUGCCUGCGCUCAGUGGAGUGUUUCGACCCGCACACCAACAGGUCAGAGACGAGGGACUUCUUCUGACCUGAAUUAAUUGCAGCCUCCUGAUUUAUUUCCUGUCCGCUCUUCUUUGUAGUGAAGAGCUUCUGGGCUUUUUAGGUUGUUUACCCACAGAUCAAAGGAGACAGCUAAACCUCUCAGGAUGGUGGAAAUAGAUCACGCUCAAACAACUUCUGUUUACCAAGCACAUUUAUUAUGGGCUUGAGUGGAAGGGCUAGGAUGGAGUGUCAAACUUGGCAGGAACCUAAGUCUGAACAUUUGUCAUGUCUCCUUCACUGAUGGAGAAAGUCUUUUUUCUGCUCUUUACAAUCUUUAUCUUCAGGUGGAGUGCUUGUGCUCCCAUGGCAAAAAGGCGUGGAGGUGUGGGUGUAGCCACAUGGCAUGGCUUCCUGUACGCUAUUGGAGGUCAUGAUGCUCCAGCUUCAUCCCUUGCGUCUCGUCUAAGUGACUGUGUGGAGAGGUGAGUCUUUACGUUCUGUGUGUGUUUGUGUAGGAUACUACUUGACUCAAAAAAUGACCAAGUUGUGUGGGAUACAAUGUCCUCACAAUACACUGCCUUUUUCAUUUGAUAUCCUUUAAAAUUAUCACCAAAAAAAACCCUCUCUUGUUUAUAAAAAUGAGCACAGACUUGUUCAGAUUUAGUGCAGAUGAUACAUACAAUACAAUACAAAACAAUGUUAUAAUCACACCUUUACUUCUCAUUUGGGGAUUUUUAGGGGCUACUGUUAGAUGUGUUUUGUUUAAAAGGAUAUUCCUGCAUAAAAUUAAUUUAAGAUCAAACACACAGUAACACCGAGUUAGACUCCCCCUCCAGAGAUGAAUGUUGACGACCGCUUGAUUCUCUAGUUAUACCGACUUUAGUAACGACCGCCCAAUACACAGCGGUCUGAGGAGCCAUAAACAGACCUCAACCAAAACGCCACUCUAUAGCCACAAAUAAUGCUCAGAACAGCACCUAACUUCAUCAACAGGACAUAUAGGGUCACAGACAUAGUACUAGACACCAAACAUCUUUUUAACUUUGACUCAUUUCUUUAGAAAAGAGACUAAACACAACUCACCUACACAACUCACCUUCGCAAUAAACAAGCAGCUGCUGGAAGAGAGUAGGUGAGUUGUAUUUAGUCUCUUUGCUAAAGAAAUCAGUCAAAGUUAAAAAGAUGUUUGGUGUCUAGUACUAUGUCUGUGACCCUAUAUGUCCUGUUGAUGAAGUUAGGUGCUGUUCUGAGCAUUAGUUGUGUCUAUAGAGUGGCGUUUUGGUUGAGGUUUGUUCAUGGCUCCUCAGACCUCUCUGUAUUUCUAUCCUGCGGUCGUGACUAAAGUUGGUAUAACUAGAGAAGAAAGUGGUCGGCAACAUUCAUCUCUUGAGGGGGUGUCUGACUCGGUGUUCCGGUGUGUUCGACCCUAAAUUAAUUUUACGCAGGAAUAUCCCUUUAAGAAGUCGUUGUGUUUGAAUUGAAAGCAAAGUAACAUUUGCCUGUGGAGAUGAGUGAAUUAGUGUUAGAUCACUGCCAACAGGAGUCAGUGUGUCAUUGCUGUGUCUUAACAGGUAUGACCCUCAGACAGAUGUGUGGACGGCGGUUGCCCCCAUGAGUAUCAGCAGGGAUGCUGUUGGCGUUUGUCUCCUUGGCGACCGCCUCUAUGCUGUGGGUGGAUAUGAUGGGCAGGUGUAUCUCAAUACUGUGGAAGCUUAUGACCCUCAGACAAACGAGUGGACACAGGUACAGACACAAUUGCUACACAAAAUUACAAACCACAAAGAGGAAGUAUUAAUAAGAUUUACUUGAUGUAAAAGCACUUAUUCAAAUGGCAUGCCUACUCUAGGAGAUACAGAAACAUAAACAUACAUACACAGUCUUGGUUUGACCUUCCUGAGCUUCUCUCCUUGUCUUCACUGUUAUGUUAAUGUGUGUUUUCCUUAUGCUAAUCUAAUAUUGUCCUUGCUGCUGCAGCAGUAGGUGAAAGAGGGGACUAUUUCAGAGUUGAAUGAUCUCAUUCAUAAAAAACAGUCUCUGGUACUUCAAUUGAUACCUCAUCUCCUGAAAAGCCUCUGAGGAUUUCCAACCAAAGUCACUCGAAAUCUUCUAUUUUAGAGACAUGCACCAUGCUGAGUAAAAGAGGGCUGCGAGCGGGCACACAUGGCAUACAGAGAGUGCUUAAACUGACACAGAGAGAGGAUGAGAGGGAGCAUGUGGGGAUCACUAAACGUGUCCUCUGUCAGAAACUGGAACAAACAAAUCAGUGGUUUGAUUAUCUGUCAUUUCUCUGUUUGCCUGAGCAUAAAUCUGUCAAAUUGUUCUGUUUCUAAGACUGAAAACACGGGUGGUAAGUUUUGGAAAAGGGCAGCCUUGAAUAUGUGUGUAGAAAUAUUACCUGAAACAACUAACAGGAGAAGACGACCUAAAAGAAAAGCUUCCCAUAGAGCCAUGGGAUUAACACCACUGCCUGUUUGCUUAUAGAAAGCCUUAUCUCAAAGUUACUUUUUAAAUUAUACUCAUCUAUUUUCUUCAGCCGGCUUACAGAGUUCUUUGAACUGUGCUGCAGAAGUGCCAGCAGAUGGUCAGAGGUCACCUGAGAUAGCUGACUUUUGAAGCAGUUGGUCAUUUACACAUUAGACAGAAUUAGGGCGAUAUAAGUGUUUAUCAAGAGUCACGUCUGUGAACGACUGUAGACUCUGAACUCUUUGUGAGCUUUCUUUUCAGCUCUGUUUUAGUCCACCUCAACUUUUAAGGAAAGUGGCUCUGUGAGAUGUUUCAUCAUUUUUACAUCUUCAUUACUAACUCAGUUCCUCCGUUGUUUUUUAACGUAGUUACUGAGACAAUCUAUCUGCUGCUACUUAAAAUGGCCUUAAAAAUAACGCCAUGAGCUUUGGAGUUUAAAGGAGCUACAACUGGCUGAAGCCAUCGAGAGCUGUCGGUGGAUUCAGAGUAGAAUACUGCUGCCCUUGGAUCACUGCUCCAGUGAUUCCUCUUUUGUUUCCAGGUAGCGCCUCUGUGUGUGGGCAGGGCAGGAGCGUGUGUGGUGGCCGUCAGACUGUGAGGACUACAGCACUAAACAGUGGGCUUGCACCCUCCUCUUCAUCGUCGAUGAUGUGCAAACCCAUCUGCCUACCAGCAUGUGACCCAACCUGGAAGUGAGACACUGAUUACUGAACACCCUUCAGGUGUCAUACUUUGGCGGCGACACGAUUUUACGCUCUUCUGACGACUUUGUGUCAUUGAUUCAACGCUGAAGGUUCUGUGUGGUUCUCGUGUGUCAGGUUUCUUAUAAUGUUCCCACUUUUGAACUUUCUGAUAACUUCUCUAGUGGAAGUGAACUGCCUCCAAAAUCCAUGAUGAAGAGGGAUCUGCAGUGUUUGUGUGACUAUGGCAGAACAGCUGUCUCACAGCUUUUUUUGCCCUGCCUGUUAUUUUCCUCCCGUAGAUGGUGCGGAACACACACACACACUCAAACACAAACACACACACACUCAAACACAAACACACACACACUCAAACACACACACACACACACGCAAACCUACAAAGCUGCUUUCAGCUUCUAUUCCUGCAUACAAAAAGGGGAGACAGAGAGAUAGUGGAGACAGGUGAGAUGCCUCAUCACUUUCCCUAACAACAGCUGAUAGUCCAUGUCGUGAGCACUGAUGCUAUUUUAAUACAUUCCUGAUUAUUUGAUGCUGCAGUCUGCACGCUCUCUGUGCCCCGUUUCCUUCCUCACUUGCUGGUUGACAAUUCAAAGAAAGACUUUUGACAUAAUCAGCACAACCUUAUGAACAGCAGCACUGUAAAACACGUGACGCUUUUUACUCUUUUUUUUACAAAAACACAUCAUGACGCUUUAAUACUUCGGUGUGUCUUCUACAAUACAUCAGCUAACAUCUGAAGUGUACAUGCUGAUCAUGAUGUAGAGGUUAUUUGGGAUUUUAACAGGUUACCUUCAUCUUUUAUUGACUUCAUAUUGGUCCACUUUUAUUAAACUUAGCUGUAAGUCGUUUUACAAACUGAGCUGUAAAAACAGUUGAUCAAAGUUGAGGAGUUCCACUUUCAAAGUCACGGGGAGUAAGGGUCAGCUGUUUGCAGACUCUGUUUUAAACAGGGUCAGUCGAACUUUUCCAGCCCAUCCUCUCUUCUCGGCCGUAGAAGUUUCCUAUUUGUGUAGUCCGGGUGUGUAAGUAUGCGUGUCUGUGUGUACAUGUGGUUUGUUGUUCAGAAAUUGUGAGGAGUAUAUUUUUAUCUCAAAUGAGAAUCUUCCCUCUUCUCUGCCUCCCCUCCCCACAUCUUCAAUUCCCUGCUGCCUUCUCUUCAUCCCCAUUUUCCUGUUUCAUUACCACACAUGCACUCACACUGUCAUUCACGCACAGACACACACACACAGACACACCACUGUGUUUAAGAGGCAGAAUUAGACACAAGGACAGAAGUGAACAACAGACCAUAUAAUGAGUCCCUGAGUUUAAUAACCUUGAUUCAGCGGGUGCAACGUUUUGUUUGAUGUGGGCUUCAAAGCAUUAUUAAAUUUGAUGCUGCAGCAGACAGAAUCAGACAUCAGCUGGAACACGGAAAAACAGACCUGACUUCAUGUGCUCAUGUUGGAGGAAACUUACUGAACAUAUCAGGAAACCUGAGAAACACAAAUCUGCUGACUGCUAGGUUCAGUACCGACACACCACCAGCAUUUAGUGCUAUAUAUGUAACUGUGUGUUUCCCUGUGUGGCUAAAUCUGCUCCUCUGGUGUGUGCGUUUGUGUGUGUUUGUGUGUGCAUGUCUGUUUGUAUGCUUCGUGUACAGAAAGCCAGCUCCUGACAGUGUGAGGCAAAACAGGCAUCCUGUCUGAACUGACAGAUCUGGAGCUAAUGUAGCCCCCAGGAUGCACUUCAGAGACACACAUGGAUAUUCACAUAUACACUCCCACCGCACACUGAAAAACUAAACAACACAGCUAAAAGCCAAAUGCCCCACCAGCCAGUGAAGAUUGAAAAGCCUCCCUUAUUUGCCAGCAUGACAUCUAAAAAUCAGAGCUGGGCUGGUGUGUGAUUCCCCACAGCAGAGCUGAUGUUUAUUCAGGCCUAAUGCACCGCUGCAUUAUUCUGUUUCCCUCCCUUUUGAAGACCUUCAAACCUGCCCGCUGUUUAUUUAGAGAGUCAUUCUUCUGGGAUCAGAGCAGAGGAGUCACUUUCACUGCAGUAUCAGCGUAAAUGAAGACAUUCCAAAUAAAUCUAUGUAUUUAAUGUAGAUAUUGUAUAUACAUAAUUAUGAAAUCUGUAUGUAGUCUUAUUGCAGUAUGCUGUUUUAAACAGCGUCCACUAAAUCAACAGUGUGUGACUGUGUUUUGUUCUGUACCAUGAAUUAAAAUGUAGAGGUGCAGUCAUAUGAAGCUUCAUGACUAAUGGUACAGCUGCUUAUUCCCCUCAUGUAGUACCAGACAGUUACACCUCCUGUUGUAAAAUAUGAAACAAGUAUGUACAAUAUAUAUGCUGCUGUUAUCCAUCUUUUUAUACAUUAAAGUCAAAAUGUGAUUUAACUCUUGUGUGUCUGUUUUUAUUUGCCCUGUAAAAUACUAAUAGACUGUUUCACAAAGAGAACUAAAUCAUGUUUAUGUUAUGUUUGUUUUUGCAAGCUGUCUCUAUUUGUCAUAACAGCACUAUAAACGCCAUCAUGUAGUACAUUUGUAUGUUUAUAUGUGGCUUUUAUCUUGAACAUCAUCUUAUUAGGGCAGCAAGACUGAUAUCCUUUACAUGGUACAGGGUUCUGAUGUUUAAGGCCGGGUGUUUCUGCUUAUUUAUGGCUCUGCAUUAAUCAUCUGAGCCGGAGGUUAAUAUGAAACCUCAUUACUCUUAAGUACGGAUGCUCUAAGUUUAAAGCCAGAAACAAAGCAGCAGACUGAAACAUCCACCAAGUGAAACAAGUGUAUGAGGGAGAGGAAUGCUCCAGAUUUACACACACUUUAACCCUGGGACAGCAGCCGGUAGAAAACGGAUUCACUCUGUUAUUUAUCGCAAGGGAAGCUUUAAAUCAUAACCUGCACAGACGAAUGGCUCCUGGUGGGUCUGAGAAAUGGAACCAGUGACCUUGUCUUGCUGCCUUAGCAUCACCUCAGUCCAUUAUGUCUGACGGGAACAAGAGGGAGACAGAAAGUGCAGGACCGUCUGACUCCACAUUUUUGACAUCAAAAUGCACAAAGCACCUGCAGACAGUUCAGACACGCAGCUGCAGGUUCUUUAUAGCAUAUGUCAGUGCUGUGUACAAGUGUAUACAUCCUUAUGAACAAAGUAGAGUCAGUGAACAGCAGAGACCAAAGAAAAGAGGAAAUCAUUAUACAAUAGCUCUGAUGAAACAAUUGAAUUCAUAUUGUUUCAUCAUUACUUGCUCUUUAACCACAGCUUUGCAUGAGCUGCUGUUGUUGUUGUUUUAAUGUUGCUGCUGUCCCCUGUCUCUCUCUCUCUCUCUCACCCUCGUUCUCUAUUUUCUCUCCCUUACUCAUUCUCUCUCUCUCCUUCUCUCUAUCUUGUUCUCUUUCUCUCCCCCUGCCCUCUCUCCUCUUCCCUCCUAUCUCUCUGUAUUCUUCCCCAGCAGCGGCCUGGUGGUUGUCUAGCAUGAGUCUGGUCCUUUCCUUGCCACUGUCACUCAUAUUAGAUGAGACGGGCCAAAUCCAAUCUUAGGUUGGGUCUCGAUAAUUCAUCAAACAAUGAGCGUGGUCUAGACCUGCUCUUGUUCUUUGGAAAUGAAGACUGGGAUGACGACUGUUGUGAAUGAUCGCUAUAUAAAUAAAAUUUGAUUGAUUGAUUUGAUUGAUGCAGAACUAUAGGGAAAUUUAAGACAUUGUGUACAGUAUUUAAAAUGUUUUUGAUAUAUAGUCACAUAUACACUGUAUAAAGAUAUACAAUUUUCACUCACAGUUUAGCUUUUAUUAGUGUUUAAUUUGUCUUUAUUGUUAGUUCAGUGUUUAAUUUUUUAAAAUUGUUAAGUUGACAUUUAGAUAAAAAAUCCAAACAUCAUUCCAUUUGGGUAUUUUCCUUGUCAGAGGCAGAACUAAAUGUGUGGUGCUACCACAUAGAUGAAACCAUGUCUACCAUCUAUUGGUGUGUGGGCUCACAUACCCAAUGCUACCCCUGCAUUAGUCGGUAUCUCAGCUGGGCCACACCGCUCAGAAGUGUCUGGACUCCACUGUUUGUUAGAGCUUAUCUAGUGGGUACAUCGUGUUGUUGUGUUCAGCAGCAGGUAGACCCAGGCUGACUGAAGGGCUCUGUAGGUGAAAUUAGGAAGGGUUGUGGUCAAAGAGAUCGUCUCCACUUAAACCCUGAUAGAUGUCACAUACUUAUUUUACUCAAGCAUCUAUGUUCAUGAAGGGUGCCAUGUAGAUACGAAGUCUAGCAGCAGUGAGACAUUCUCUCUGGUCAGGGCACGGUUAACAUUUUACCGUCACAUUCUUGUUCUUCAGCACAACAAAUUCAAAAUGAUGUUCACACCAUCAAACUUUCAAGUCACCUUCGCCUCAGGUGCCCUGUCAUUUUAGCUCUCCCCCUCUGUAAGCUGAGGUCACAGAAAGAUCGAGGUCAGAGUGUGUUGGAAGUGUGGGAUAUUUGAUUCGCCCUCUCACUGAUUACUGAAAACGUUGAAUGACCCUAAUGCAAGUAAGGAGGUAACUAUUUGGUAUUGAUAAGUAACAAUAAUAUACUAAACUUAAUACACUACAGACAUAUGUAACCCCACAACAGUAACACCCUAGUAAUGGAUCAUCCCAGACACUGGUCACAGUUUAUGAUGUUCCACAGCUGAUGGACUAGGAAGCUCCUGUUAGGAGUUUAGCUGGUCAUAGCAGCAGGCUAGAAUAAAGACUGGACCACGUACUUGAGGAGAAUGGAGCCUCUGUACGUGGGGCACACAACAUCACCACCUGUGCCUCAGAAACAAGCUAGUUUUUCAAAACCAUGCCUCUCUAUGACCCAGAAAGCAAACAAAUCAUCCACAACAAGACUGACAAUCCCGAUAUUUUCAUUUUAAUGCCUCUAACUGAAGUGAAGGUGUGAGAGUGGACGUUUCACAGCAU